CUGAGAACGGCUGGUCUGCUGUAAGGCGGGACCCGUGGUUUAGUCCUGGGUAAUCUCUGUCCGCUCUUCCUUUGGUGGAUCCUCAAGCCCAGACGGCCACCAUCUUACAUUGGGGGUAUACUGGUCUAGCAGUUGACUAGGAGUUAGUAGUGCGCAUGCGCGGGGCGGGCAGCAGGAAGAACGAGGCCAUUGCUGGCGAUAGGGCCCAGGGCAUGUCGGGAGUUGUAGUUUUCGGCACCCUUGAGGAAUGUAAUUGGAGUUACACAAAAUAAACAAUUUGCACUUAUCUUAUGCGCCUUAGAUAUGCUUGUUCAAACAACCUAACAGUAUAAUUCUGUAAAGUAUUAUAAGCACACAUUAAAGCGGUUGUAGGGUAAAUUUGAAUUUCCACAUAGGCCCCCAAUGCAAAGCAUUUCGGGAAUUGUAGUUCAAUGUUAGUAUGAUGCAACAGGACCGGUGUCCUAUCAGAACUACAACUCCCAGUAGUACCCUGAGUGCCCGUUAUCUCUCCAGUGUGUUUUCAGAUAUAAAAAAAAUGUAUAUAUAGUGUGUUUAUAACAGCAAAUAGCGCUUGUGUAUGUGUGUGACGUUUGGGACAAGUAGAGUGUGUGUAUAAUCAGCGAGCAGUGUGAGAGUUUCCGGCAUAUUUGCGGGCAGCCCUAGUGAGGGUGGCGAGUUCCGGUUGGGAGGCUUGGUCCCAAGAUGGCGGCGCCGUUGGCGGUAAAUUCAGGUAAAUCAAAAUAAACCGAUCGCGUGUAUAGGGCAGCGAUACAUCUAGAGUGCGAUCGGGUUAACUGAAGUAGUGAUAAAGUUGUCAUACAGCCGCCCUGACAGACUGCGAGCGAGCACCUUAGUAAAUAACAGUACGCGCCCCCCAUGUGGCUCUCUGCAUGUCACAGCAAUCAGUGACUCACGGAGCGCGAUUACCCGGCGGCGGCGGCUGCAAUCUGCAUUCACACUAACCACCUCCUCGGUAACUAGCGGCGGCUCCCUCUCUCACACACACUGCCCCCAGUAAUCUGCUUACACAGCAAUGCACGGCGCUUUAACCCCUUAAGGACACCUGACAUGUAACGAUACCAUUUUAUUCCACAAGUUUGAGCCUUAAGGGGUUUAAACACAUUCAAGUCUGUCGCCUUCAAACUUUAAAACACCAAACUGCUAGUAGAAGAGUCUGUAACUGCACCUUUUAUAUUAAUAUAUAUUAAUGUAGAGGCCCUUGAUCAAUCGAGUUGUUGCAUCCCAAACUGCAUUCACAGAAACUACUCCAGGGUUACAGGCUGUCCUCGCUGAUUACUUUUAUAGGAACUCUCCUUGGAAGGAAUGAAAGGCAGUCUAAGUCCCAUCAGCACUACAAUGGUGGUUGUGGUUCUAACGCUAGUAGGCUAUUGGCACAGCCCCUCCUAGUGCUCGCAUAUUCAUGCCCUGGUGAAUUGCUUGCUGUACUGAUAAUGAGAACUUUACCCUUCCAUACUAGCAGAAUGUAAUGUGGCACUAUUUAUAUUAAAGUGUCAAUUUCGUCCAAGUUAGAAAACUAUUGGUAACAUUACUAUAUCAUAUUUUAGCGGUUAUGUUGCAGUGUCCAUUAAACCUUAUUUGCUAGGUGCAUAACCUUUAAAUACAAUUUAAAAUAACAUUUAUAUUACAGAAUUCCAAACAAUACAUCACUAAAAUAACUCCCCAAUCACCAUAACCACUACAAUUUUUAAGGGUACCAGUUGUGCCAUGCCACGCUCCUAGGUUAAGUAGUCAAAGUGCCUAUUCUUUGGUAACUUACUUGGGAUCCCGGCUUCCAGGAGUGCUGGAAACUCUCUGCUAUGAUCUAGCCCAGGGGUGCGAGAUUUGGCUCAUUGGAGUACUCAGCUGAUGCUCGUGGCCAGUGAUCCGAACCUACACUGUUGGACUUAGUUAAGGGGAGCUAAUAGAAGUUCUCUGCAGGACUUUCUGGCUCUCUUUUAGGCUGUGAUCGGCAUCCAGCAGUUCUCAGGUAAAUUGUCCAAUUGGCCUGAAACCUUCAGGUCUCCACAAUUUUCUGAUAGUUAUCAGAGAGUGCCUUAUUUACAGAUGGCAUUCAAAAAAGUACUCAUAAAGGGAUUAACAAAGAAUGCCUGCUCUCUGAUGACUUCACUCAGUAAGGAAGUGUCCUACAUUGUAAUUACAAUAACUAUUGUUAUGAUGUGUUAAAAGUUUCAAAUUGACUAACUUUCAGAACCAGGCUUACCCUUUCUUGAUUCAGUUGUAAUCACUUCUCUGGAGGCCUUAUUCAUUAUCUGCUCCCAAAUUAUAAACCAAGGUUAUUUCUAACCAUUCUAAUACCUAUGUGGAAUAAACAAUGCAAUGUUGUGGUCUGGGUGACUAAAGGGUUCGCUUUUACAUAUAUAUAUAUAUAUAUAUAUAUAUAUAUAUUCCAAAAUUAAGUGCACAGUGGCUUAUUUUAACAUAUAAUACAACAUAAAAUACUGUUUCCCUUUAAAACAUAGAACUCCUAACUUCAGACUAGAGUCAGCUGCAAGUUUUAAUGGUUAACCCAUUUUCUCCCAGUACCUUGAAUACUAAUUUUGAUUUAAAUUUGUAAUGCAAUGCAAAAUGAAUUUAGCACAUUAAGCCACCUUUAGUUUUCAUUUGCUUCAGCAGUGGUAGUCACCCUAGAGAGAAACACGUUUAUCUGCCAGAGCUCCUAUGUAUCAGCAGAGAGACUGUAAAUGGUUAUAACACCUUCCUUCCUCUGGUCAAGCUUCACGUGCACUCUCCUAGCCAGAGAAGUCUGAUGAUUGCUCUCCAAGCUCUUCGGAAGCAGCAGUGCCCAAAUGCAGAUAUUCUGUUGUGUUUGGGUGGCUUAUUUAGGAAGCUGCAAACUGUUUAUUUACAAAUAACAAAUUACAAAUUUGGCCAUUAUUAUUUGUGUUUUUGUGACAAAAAUAGUAUUUCUACUCCUACGAUAGUAUUUCAGACCAUGGCCUCAAUCUUAAUUCUUUCAUGGCUUUUCAAAUAAUCACAAUAAAAAUUUCCGUACAAUUUAAAGAUACACUAUAGAAUUAGGAAUACAAACAUUACUGUUAUCAUCAAGGUUGAGAUGAAGUGGUCUGAUCAUUUAAUGGUGACUACUGUAGAUAAAAUAAUUUUCAGUGGUUUCCUAAACAAUUGCAAUCACUUGAAACGCUUAUCAAAAUAAUUACAUUGAGUCCCAUGUUUGAAAUUUUUCAAGAUAAGUGAUAUCACAGUCUCUAAAACAUACAAUUGAUCCACUAUAUCUGUAAUAAAAUAAACAUUUUUUAUUUUUCAUUUUUUUUAAAGGGUUACUCCAGGCCCCAUGAUCACAUCAGUGAUUUGAAAUGGUCAUGGUGCCUGUAGUGUGUAUGUGUAGCAAACUGUUUUAAAUGGGAAAUGGUAACAGGGUACUCCAUCAUCAUAACCCCUACAUUGGGCUGUAAUGAUUAUGCGGAUUGGAGUAACCCUUUAAGUUUACAUAAUUUUAAAGAGGCAGUCACCUUUUGGAUCUUUUAGUAAUCUAACAAUGUGACGGUAUGUGUAGAGGUGGAUGAGAGGAAAGCAGUUAUUGUACUUAGCUUAACCCCUUAAGGACCAAAUUUCUGGAAUAAAAGGGAAUCAAGACAUGUCACACAUGUCAUGUGUCCUUAAAGGACCACUCUAGGCACCCAGACCACUUCAGCUUAAUGAAGUGGUCUGGGUGCCAGGUCCAGCUAGGGUUAACCCAUUUUUUUAAUAAACAUAGCAGUUUCAGAGAAACUGCUAUGUUUAUUAAUGGGUUAAGCCUUCCCCCUAAUCCUCUAGUGGCUGUCUCAUUGACAGCCACUUGAGGCGCUUGCGUGCUUCUCACUGUGAUUUUCACAGUGAGAGCACGCCAGCGUCCAUAGGAAAGCAUUAUGAAUGCUUUCCUGUGACCGGCUGAAUGCGCGCGCAGCUCUUGCCGUGCGUGCGCAUUCAGCCAACGGGGCGGAACGGAGGAGGAGAGAAGGAGGAGAGCUCCCCGCCCAGCGCUGGAAAAAGGUAAGUUUAAACCCCUUUCCCCCUUCCAGAGCCGGGCGGGAGGGGGUCCCUGAGGGUGCCCCCACCCUCAGGGCGCUAUAGUGCCAGGAAAACGAGUGUUUUCCUGGCACUAUAGUGGUCCUUUAAGGGGUUAAGCUGCUCCUCUUUGACACCUACAUACUUUAGCUCCUGGUGGCUUAAUCUGCCUAGAGCUGUGAUCAAAUUCACUACAAUACCCUUGCAUAUGCAUAAGAGUGCAAAAAGGGUCAAUAGCGGAUCCUCUGGAAUCUUACCUAGAUAGUCAUGCACAUGCAUAAUAAGGUGCUAUGGUAAUCUUUUGCACGUAAUUUGUGAUGAUGCAAGUUUCCAUCAGCUGUCGUGACCAAGUGUUGGUAAGAAAUGGCUGUGAACGCCCUGCUUUUUUUUUUUCUUAAAAAUCAUGGAUUGACAAAUUCACUUUGAAUCUAGGAGCCAACUAAAAAAGUUUAUUUUUAAUGACAAAAAUACAAUUCUGAAAGGGACACUAAAGUCACCAAAACAACUACAGCUUAAUGUAGUGGUUCUGGUGUGUAUAGCCUGUCACUGCAAGCUUUUCAAUGGAAACACUGCUUUUUCAGUGUUUACAUUCCUGCCUAGUAACACCUCUAAAAACUAAGAGUGGUAGAAGCAAUUAAGGUGUCAACAGGACAGAACAGUUAGGGGGUAACCCGUAGAGAUAAAUUGAAAACAGAAAGGAAAUAUUCUGUCCGAGGCCAAUAAUAAUAUUAAAAUGUAACUUUUAAUAGGUUAAAGGAUCACUAUAGUGUCAGGAAACAAACUCGUUUUCCUGACACUAUAUAAACUUUAGGGCCCCCCCUCCCGCUGGGUUGAAGGUGUUAAAACCCCUUCAGCCACUUACCUUUAUCCAGCGCCGGGCUCCCUCGGCGCUGGUGACCUCUCCUCCCCUGCCGACGUCAGCUCUCGAGUGCGUUCCUAUGGACGUUCUGCACGCUGAAUGCGAUUUUCCCAUCCAGCGUCGCAGAAGCGCCUAUAGCGGCUGUCAGGAAGACAGCCACUAGAGGCUGGAUUAACCCUGGAAUGUAAACAUAGCAGUUUCUCUGAAACUAAUAAUUUAUGUCUGAAGGGAUAAAACCUGGGGGACCUGGCACCCAGACCACUUCAUUGAGCUAAAAGGGUCUGGGUGACUAUAGUGUCCCUUUAAGAGGGUAGAAAGGAGUCUAGCUCUAAUAAGAUCACGCUAAGAAAAAAUCAAAACCAAAUUUGGGGGGUUGGGGGUAUAAGUGGCUGAAGAUAAGGGAAAAUCUAUACAGUUUAACAGCUGGUAAUUUGUCUAAGAAAUUCCUACAACAGAGGUAAAAUAGCUGGUAUUAAAUCAAAAGUGUUGCCUAAAACAAGCUGUGGUAUAACUAUAGCAAUGUUACCACAGAUAAGUUUGGUAGGCAGCUGAUAGAUAAAUGAGGUACAAUGUUGCAGUAGCUCAACUGAACUAGUCAGGUGGAGACACUGUAUCUCUAUAGUCUGUUACUACAGAGAGCCUGAAGUCUAUCAAUAGUGUCCAGUGAAAUAUCCCAGUUAUAAGAUCACUUGACACAAUGCUAUCUCUAGUGUCAAUAGCUAAAGUAUACUACUGAGGGCUACCGAAGGGUACAAGAGCCGAGGGAGCCAAAGUAUAGUAUUAUAAUAGAAAGAAUGUCACUGAAGUGUACCUCAAAAUCGCAUAAUAAUAGGAACCUAGAGAAUAACCAGAGUUUAGCUAGUGCCGGUGCAUAGAUCCUAGGUGCCUCUUGAAAUUCAAUUGAUCAAAUGUCUGCAGUUUACAGCUACAUAAAGGAGCCCCAGGGGCAUCUUAGCCAGAGUACAUGAUCUCUAGCACUAGCUUAGGGUAAAAAAAGACAAUUGCUAAAAAUAAAACACAGUGCCCGGUGGUUAAAUCAUAGAAUCUUGCCGGAAUGUCACUAUAUCGACUGUGGCAAAAUAGCUAAAGUGGGUGCAGAGAACUUUAGUGCCUGCACAAGCAUCUAGUCUAGAUGAGCGAAUCUUUGCCUUCAAGGGCACCCAAGUCAGAACAUCUGCUACACUCACCAGAGGUGAUGAUAGGAAUUAUGUAAAUAGUGAUAAACGUUGUCCGGUAGUUAGAUAAUUAGAAUCCAACUGGACAAUGCGUCUAAGUAGAGUACUGCAUAAAUAGAGGGGUCUGAUAGCCCAGUGACAAAUAGUCAAUUGCUCAGAUGUCUGCAGAUUACAGGUACAGUUGGAGCCUCAACGCGCCUUUCGCCAGUGGGCGGUGGAUGCAAAAAGGGUCAAUAGCGGAUCCUGUGGGAUCUUACCUAGAUUGUCAUGCACAUGCAUAAUAAGGUGCCAUAGUAAUCUUUUGCAUGUAAUUUUUGAUGAUGCAUGUUUCCAUCAGCUGUCGUGACCAAGUGUUGGUGGGAAAUGGCUGUGGACACCCUGCUUUUUUUUUUUUUUCUUAAAAAUCAUGGCUUGACAAAUUAACUUUGUAUCUAGGGGCCAACUAAAAGUUUACUUUUAGUGACAAAAAUAAAAUGCUUAAAGGGACACUAAAGUCACCAGAACCACUACAGCUUAAAGUAGUGGUUCUGGUAUGUAUAGCCUGUCACUGCAAGGUUUUCAAUGUAAACACUGCUUUUUCAGUGUUUACAUUGCUGCGUAGUAACACCUCUAGUGGCAGUAACUCGGACGGCAACUAAAGUGCUUCCUGUCUCUGUGCUGCACCUACAUUCCGCGUCUCCAAGCUCUGCAUGGAGGUGCUGAACGUUUCCAUAGUAAUGCAUCUCUAUGAGGACAUGCUGAUUGGCACAGUAUAUUUGCGUGCAUGCGCAGUAACCUCCUAGUGCUUGCCUAUGGGAAAGCAUGGGGGGGGAGUUGAUUGCCUUUCUCAGGGGUCCAGUGGGGAUGUUAUCAUUGGAGUUCAGUGGAGCUGCUGUCAUCUUCCCACUCCUCUUCCUUGCACACCGUUUAGUGAUGCUUGGGCAUAUGUGAUGUCAUAUUUUGGCAUCACCGCAUGAUGGAACAGAGCAAGUAGAUUACAGCUCCCUCGCUGUCUCCAUUCCUUACAGCCGGCCACCUGGCCACCUCAGGGGCAAUGAGCAGACAAAUUUGAAGGUACCAGGACAAAUUUCUGCCACCUGGGAUUUAUCGAAGUUUUUCCUUUGUCUCCUAUAUCUUUUGAAUAUGUUGGAUUUUCAAAGAAAGUUCUAUGUUUGUGAAAAGCUCAAAAGCGACUGAGCUAAACUAAAUGCUAAGUUGCUGUUUUAUAUGAUGUCCAUUCUAAAUAUAAUUGUUUAUUGUAGCUCUGCAUAUCUUUUUGUUUGCAAUGAUUAAUCAAAAGCUUAUGAUGAAAUCAUUGCUUUAGUGAACUGUUAAUUUUAUUCCCAUUUCAGCGGCUAGCCUGUGGGGUCCAUACAAAGACAUCUGGCAGACUGUGGAAAGUGCGCUGUUGAAGAGACAACCUGAAGCUGCACAUUUACUGGACCUGGUAUUAAAGAAGUAUAAACCACAUUUCAUCGCUCUCUUCAAAAAUCCAGUAUGUCUUAAUUUAAUCUUACUAAAAUGUGUAACUGUACUGCUUGUUUAAUUUCUUUAUGUUAUUAAAUAUUUGGAGAAUAUUCACUAAACUGAAUAAAUAGCGAAGCUGAAAUAGCCAAACUGUAACUAUAGCUAAUUUGCUAAAAUAUUUUAUAUUUAAAGGCACAUGUAGUGCCCAACACUGGGAGAAAAAACUAUUUAUAAAAAAAAUUAAAAAUUCUCCCAACUGUCAGUUAAUUAUUUAGCAUAUACUCUAUUCCAAAAAAAUGAUUAAUAAAGGAGAACAGAAGCAACAUCCCACAGAAGCUCUGAACCCAUAGCCACUAUGUAAUAUGCACUAUGGAAACUUUAGAGCCAACACUGCUAGUGCUGGUUAUGGAGUAUAGGAACAGAGUAAAAUGAUGUCACUCCAUUAGACACCAGCAUGCUGAAAAUGAAGCCAUCACUGAGAUGUUCUGUACUGCUUGGGGAAGUAUCCUCAAGCUUGGCAAAUCCGUGAACAGGAGAGUGGGCAGACUGGGGAUUGGUGUUGCAGAAAUGUAACACUCCCCCUCUGUAAGUUGAACGCUGCGGGGUUGUGGAGGGUCAGGUAAGUGAUUACAGGUUCUCUUUAAGACUCAGUGUUGGUAUUCAGAUUUAAUGCUCUGAAAUUUAGUUUAGUGAAUAACCAUGUAAAUGUCCAUACUUUUUAUUUUUAUUAUUUUACAGUUUUAUUUAAUUCAGAUCGAAGCUUAAUAUAAUUUCUGUACAUACCAGUAUAUUAUAAAAAAAAUCUGUAUAAAAGUAAUAACCAGAGUGUUGUUUUAGAUAUCCUUCAAGUUAGUUUCGAAAAAAAAGAUACAAAAGUGAAAAAAAAUCGAAACAAUAAAAACUAACUGAAAAUUUUAUAAGAGACCCUUUUAUGUCACAUUUUUGAAGAUUAUGUAUGAAUAUAGAGGAUGAAACUAUAAGCCAAAUGUUAUAUAGGCUAGAAAAUAGAGCCAAGUCCAUCAAGCUUCCAAUUUGCAAUGGGAAAAAAAUCCUUCUUGAAAUGCAAAUUGUAGUUCAAUUUCUUCAUGCUGUUACCUAACAUAUUAUCUAUAAUAUCCUUGAAUAUUCUGUUUUUCCAAAAAUUAGGUAUUGCUCCUCUUAUGUCCAAGAAAGAUAUCAACCAGUAAGGUCUGUAGUACAUCUCUUUGAAAAAUGAGGUGCGCAGGUGCGCUCUAGCCCUACAUCGGAGUGGCAACCAAUAAGGUGUUUCACCCCCCAAGUUUUAAAAGUGAUAAUUAAAAAAAAAAAAAAAAAACAGACUCAAGACACCUAAAGCACUACAGCAAGCUGUAAGUGCCUUGAGUGUUAAUUUAAUAAAAGUCUUUAAUUCAAGUUUCUUGUAUAAACAUACACAUGACCCUUUCCUUUUCUAAAGGAAGCUUUUAACAGGAGCUUCCAUCUCUCACUUCUGCUUGUGGGGAGCAAACUGUAUAACCUAGUUAGGUAAUAAGACAAUUCUAAAUGGUUUUACUAUUUACAGGGGGGCACUUCUGGCACCAUAACCACUUUAACACACUGUUGUAGUUUUAAUGCUUGGACUGCUCCUUUAACCCCUUAAGGACACAUGACAUGUGUGGCAUGUCAUGAUUCCCUUUUAUUCCAGAAGUUUGGUCCUUAAGGGGUUAAAGGAACACUCAGUGCACCAUAACAACCUAAUCUUAAUGGACUUGUGAUGGUACGUGGAGGUCACGGGCGCCACCUUGCCUUCAGGGGUUGUAACUAUUGGUGAACGGUGUAAAUCCAAAUUCCUCAGUUCGACACCUGUUGGCUCUGCCUCUUCACUUCCUUUCAGUCUGAGACUUUCAUCAAGAAGCCUCAGACCAGGGUGCUGCUGAGAGCAUCAGCUGGCAAACUCAGCCUAUCAGUGGCACCCCUGACCUAGACUUCCUGAUUGCAGCCUCAAACUGAAAGAAAGUGAAGAAGCAAAGCUGACCAGUGUCAAUCUAAAAACAAUAUGUAUAGACGUUUUUAGUAUACGAGUUGGUCACAAUUUGCACAUUCACUCGGCACUGCUCAUCUUACAUGGUUCUCUUUUUUAAACAACUAAACUAAGCAAUAUGAAGCUGUAUUCUUUUUCUGGGGUAUGCCGAAGUUUAAUACUAUAUUUUUUUAUUCUCAUUGUAGCCAAAGAGCGCCCAACAGCAUGAAAAGAUUAAGAAAGCCAGCACAGAAGGCAUUGCCAUUAAAGGGCAGCAGGGCACCAGGCCGCUCCCUGAGCAGCUCAUUGCGGAGUCUUUUAUCCUUAGUGAUUUGUUCAACAUCGGAGAGGUAGCAGCUGUGGAGCUACUGCUUGCAGGUAAUAAACAUGUGAUAUUCAAAGGGAGAGAAAAAAAAAUAAGAGAAGCACCUCAUGUAAUUAAUAUGCUUUUCUAUUUUAUUUGACUUGGAAGUGGAACACAAACGUUUUUGUUUUUGGAAAUAGAUAUCGAUGUGAACAAUGGUUUGUUUUUUUUGUUUUUCACACUAGUCUGUAAUCUUACAGCCUAUCCCUGACACAUUGUCUUAAGCAUUUUCUUGAAAUGCAUAUCUAUCUGUUGUUUUUGAAGCCUGUAGUAAAACUAUCAGACUUUUAUAUAUUAGUCGAGGGCCGCAAUGGAAAUAACUUAUUUACAACUUGAACACUAAUUAUGUUUACAGAAAAAUUUGUUGUAAAAUGGAGCAAUCAUCAGGAACAUUCCAUUUGUUUCCAUGGUGACCUCUUGACUUUUAGUAGUCCUAGAAUUGCUGUUUGUUCGUAACUCCCACUGUGUUCAAAUCUUAACAGGUAGUAUUAUUAUUUUUAAGGUGAACACCAGCAGCCUCGUUUUCCAGGUCUGACACGAGGUUUAGUAGCAGUUCUUCUUUACUGGGAUGGAAAGAGAUGUAUUGCAAAUUCCUUGCGCACUAUAAUCCAAUCACGGAGAGGCAAGACCUUUACUAUGGAACUCAGGUACUGUUGUUGUUUAUCUCAUUAUAUAUGUACAUGUAUCUCACUAGUUAGAGCUUUGAUUGUGAUUGUUAAACCCUAUAGCCCAGUUUUUUAUUGCAUAGCGGUUGUUUGCAAGCCAUUAUUUCAUUGAUUGUAGAUUUUAGAACAGAAUAUAAAACACUGUCUGCUAAAGUUUUCUUCCUUUUGUCACUCUUUGUUGUUUUCAGUCCAGAGCUAGUGUCCAUGGCAACCCGCUUCUCUGAUGAAUUGAUGGAGAAUGGACUGACUCAUAAAAUCCUCGACCUGGUUUCUCAAAUUGAUGUUAACAAUGAGUUUGAGAAGCUGCAGAAGGACCGAGGCCUGGGCAAUGAGAAACAUCGCAAAGAGGCAAGACAGCAGGGGCGUGGGGGGAAACUUUCUACACUGAGGAAAAAUGUUGGUUUAUACAUCAACAUACAUGUUCUGCACAUUUUUUUUUCCCAUGUAUUAAAUGGUGCUGGUCCAGGAGGCUAAUUCUCUGUGCCAGUACAUGAGCUUGUUGAGCUUUGCUGUUGGUAGUACGAUAUAAUCUAUGUAUAAAUUGUGUUGGUGAAAUACUGGGAAACAUGUAGACGUGAUAUUAUUCCUAAUAGGCACUGCAUGCCACCACUUUGGGUGCUAUUAUUGCCCAUUUUCUAAAAUCACAGACUUUUGCUUUCACCCUGUGUGUUUUUAUUUAUUUCAUUUCUAUAUGUUUGCAUAGUUCAGGGCUUGACAAAUUUGCUUGGAAUCUAGGAGCCAGCAAAAAGUUAGGAGACAGGUUUUCAAUGUCAAAAAAACAAUUGUUAAAGGGGCACUAUAGUCACCAGAACAACUACAGGCUAAUGUAAUUGUUCUUGUGUCUAUAAUUUGUCCCUGCACAUUUAUUUACAUUGCUACCUUGUAACACUUCUAGUGACAGUCACUCAGACGGCCUCUGGAGUGCAUCCUAUAGCGUUUCCACCCCCCGCACUAAGGAGAUGCAUAUUGGCGCAGCAUGGCGUUUUGCCACAUAUGCGCAAUAGCCUCCCAAUACUUUCCUAUAGGAUCAUCAAGAUCGCAGUCAUAGAGGCAGGGCCAGCCGCUGUGAGAUCAGUGCAGCGUGGGGAAAAAGGUGAGUUAAAAACCUCUUUCCCAUGUGAUUGGAGGGGGACCAGUCAUCUAAACACCCCACCCCGGGGCUUCAGUAAUCUAAACCUUGAAUUUGCACUAUAUGUCUGUUUAGGCGUAAAUCACCUCUUUCAUAUUAUGUGCACCCACACUUAUCAUCUAUUGUUUAGGAGAAAUAGGGCUUUCAUGUCACAUCAAAUAUUUGUAUAUUAAACAUAAUUUAAUAUGAAUAAAAUAUAAAAAAAAUGAGAAAUUGAGAAAAAAAAAUUUGUUUUGCUUGGCAUUUUAACUGUAAAUGUCACAAUACUGUUAGGUGUUACUGCAAUAAAGUACACAUAUUUGUAUUCAGGGAUGUCUCACAAGUAAAACAGUCCCCCCAAUGUACAAGUUUUAUGGUGUUGUGGAAAGUUACAGGGUCAAAUAUAGCACAUUACAUUUUUCAGUUUAUACACAUUGAAAUUUGCCAGUCUGGUUAUGUUGCCUUUGAGACCAAAUGGUAGCCCAGGAAUGAAAAUUAUCCCCAUGAUGGCAUACGAUUUGCAAAAGUAGACAACCCAAGGUCACAAACACUGGCCAAAGUUAGCUUUCAUAUUUGUUGUGUGUGAAAAAUGCAAAGAAACUAAAUUGACCACUAAUUUUGGCCAGUGUUUGUGACUAAGUGGCUACUAAAAGAGACUGGAGAUAUACCCCAUUUGCAAUACCUUGGGUUGUUUACUUUUGCAAAUGGUAUGCCAUUAUGGGGGUAAUUCUCAUUCCUGGGCUACCAUACGGUCUCAAAGGCAACGUAACCAAUCAGGCGAAUUGCAAUGUGAAAAAAAUGAAAAAUUUAACAUGCUAUAUUUGACCCUGUAACUUCCCAAAACACCAUAAAAUCUGUACAUAGGGGGUACUGUUUUACACGUGAGACUUCGCUGAACACAAAUAUUAGUGUUUCAAAAUAGUCAAACAUAUCACAAGAAUUACAAUUUAAAAAACAAAAAAAUUUUAUUUUUUCAAUUUUUUAAAUUAUGUUUAACAUCAUUUUAAGUGUAAUUUCAUAUUAAUAUAUAUUAUUAAAAUACACUUUUAUUAAUGAUGUGGGUGGGGGCGCGGGCGGAUUGGGCAAAGGGCGACUGCCUGAGCAAACAGGCAGACCCCAGGAUCGCAACUGCCUGCAUGGGAACGUCGGGGACCCGGUAAGUAAGAAGAACGGCGGGGACGUUCUAUGCUGUCGGUCAACGUUUAGGCCUUAAGGGGUUAAAGGAAACACUCAAAUAUUCUAAUAUAUGUUUGCUUUUAUUUUAAAUAGUAAAUAAUAUGCCAGUUUAAGACAGAUUUAUUUUUAAAUAUAGUAUAUGAUAUGUUCUGACUUUCUUUUCUCUCCAGGUUUCUGACAUGAUAAAAGAGUGUCGUCAGUCUCUUGCUGAAAGCCUCUUUGUUUGGUCCUGCCAGUCUCCACUUUCCAAAGAUGAUACACUACUUUUGAUUAUGCACCUGGAGAAAGUCACAGUGGAAGCUGAUGGUGCAUUGGACAGUGUAAACCUAACCCUUUUAAUGGCUCUUCUAUACUGUUUAGAUGUUGGGUUUUUGGAACAAGCGACCGAUGACCGAGCAGGUAAUACUUCUCUCUCAUCAGUAGAUUGAGAUAAUGUCAAUUUUUUUGUUUCUUUUUUCAAUUAACAAAUUUUGUGAUGACCCGAAGUUCACUUUCUUUCAGAGCUUGCUCCUAUUUUUUGUGAAUAAGCAAAGCUUUGAUCUUGUAAGAGCUGUUACUUGGCUUUAUUCAGGAAAACCAUGAGUAAAGCGAAGUGUCUGGUGUACAAUUGAACUGUUGCUACCUGUAAACUUAUUCUUCAUAGGUGAUUAUAGUGCUCAGCACUCCUAGCAAACACAAUAGCAGCACCCUAAUCUCUUUUAUUUCUCUUUAAUAGGUAUGCUGUUCAAAGCUUGUUUUGUUGUACAUGUUAAAAACUAUUCUAAACAUAAAACCAACCCAAUUGAUGUUAUGGGCAAUAGCUCUUACAUAGACACUUUGACUUCAAACCUAUGAUUUCCCUCACCCUUACUUAGAUUGAGAGUAAUCGAAGUAAGGGUGAGAGUAAGCAUCAUAAGAAUGACUGACACAUUGUUUUUUAAUACAUUAAAAUAUGUUUUAAAAUCUGCAAAAUCAUGCAAUCCAAAAUAUAUAUUUUUUUCAAAACUACUUAUUUAAAGCUUUUGAAUGUUGCCUUAAGCCAUCAACAGGACAUGGCUUGACCAGUCCAGGGCCUCUUAUUUUGGUCUGUAGAGUCUGAACUAUUAGGCUGUCAACCAAGCAUUGCAAAGGUACCAAGAAGAAUGAUACUAUAAAUUAAAUUAGAAAUUGCCUUGUCUUGGUCUUUUUUGCAGUAUUUUGUAAACCCUCUUGCACCUAAUGUACAUGGUGAAGUGUUUUCAACUUUAUUUCCCUCUCCUCCUCAUUUAGAAUUGAUUCAACAAACAAAUCUCACAGAAAAACAGUACAUUGCUGCCAUCCACACCCGCCUGCAGGACAGCCAGCAGUGGAAAUCUCCAGGCUUGCAAGCCACCGUUCGAUUGGCGUGGGCUCUCACCCUGCGCGCAGUAUCCCAGUUACUGGAAGUCACAGGUAUAUCAGAUGAAAAAAACGUUAGAUGGCAACAGAUCAUACUAAUGAUUUGCACAUAAAAGCGCAAACUAUUUCAAGGUAUCCCAUAUUGGUGAGUCAUCAACUAAUUUUAGAAUGACAGGAAAAUAUGCCUCAGGCUGCUGUGAACAUGUGCAUUUGGUAUGUUGCAUAAUCAAAUAUAUUUUAGUUUGUGUAUAUAUCACAUAAUAUGGAGCCAGUGUACUGAUUGGCGUUAGCUACAUUUGAUCAGUCACAGGUCUACAGCGUAGCUACCUUUCACUGCUUAUUCUUUUACUAUGGCCUUUUAGCUUGAGAUGGGCAUAUAACCUAAUGAGGAUGUUAAUCCAUUAUUUUUGCUUGCAUUGAAGUCCAUCUCAAACUGUUCUUGCCGAUGACAAUGUCAUUUUUUAACAGAAUUCACAUUAAGUUUUGUGUGCUGGGGAUCUAACUUGUGCAGAUGAAUUUGUAUGUAUGGAGUUUCAAGCAGAAACGUUGCACAUACCAAUUCCUUCCACCAUUACCACUUCAAAACACUGAAGUUGUCCUAGAAUAGACUGUAAGCUCAAUUGAGCAGGGUCCUCUUCAACCUAUCGUUCCUGUAAUUUUUCUUGUAAUUAUCCUAUUUAUAGUUAAAUACUCCCUCUUAUUAUAUUGUAAAGCACUAUGGAAAAUUGCCGCUAUAUAGAUGGCAAUAACAAUAAUAAUGGUGGUUGGAGCAACUCUUUAAUUUAAUAUGCAUGUUAGACCAAAAAUAAUGAUCCCUCUACACAAAUAACUGGGACAGCUUUGCACUAAACUGUUAUAAUUUUCCAACCAAUACUUCAGGUGUGUGAUUGCAGUGGUGUAAAAAAAUGUUCUAUACUUUAACUUAAAGCUUUUUUUUUUUUUUUCUUUUUUUUUCAUUACCUCUGGCAGAAUUUACAGAAGCAGACGAAGGCAUGGCAGAGAUGGCUAUAGUUGGAAAUGUCUUCCUUUUCCUCACUGAGGCUGUUGUGGGAUCAGAGAGCUUCCAUCAGGAGGAAUUUUUCAUUCGCAGGAUACAUAAACUGAUCACUGAUUUCCUCACUCUAAUGCCCAUGAAAGUAAGUUCCCAUUAUGCAUUUGUCUUAACACUUGCUUUCUGUCAUGCACAGGAAAUUCAAAUGAACUGUACUUCACUCUAAUCUGUAUGGUGCCAGUGCAGAGGGAGCAGGUGCACUGUUACCAUGCACCAUGUAAAGAAGAGAUCUGAAACUCUACCAGGCUACCAGAUGUUGAUGAUCUAAAAUACCCAGAAUUCUUUGAAUUCAGUAGGUGGCCAGAGAAAAUCACAUUUCACUAAAAUAUUAGCUCUAUAACAUAUGGAAACCCACCGCUGCAGAUGCUAGUUUGUGAAUUUUUGUUGUGGAACCAUGGAAAACCUGCUCAUAAGCUGUAUUUUGACAACAUUCUCAAGAAAUCCUCUGACCCUGUAGGAACGGUUUACAAAGUACUUUUAGAUGUAGGACUCUUGAUAGUUCAAAUUAAAUGUUUGCAAUAUUUGCAACUCGUCAGAGGUAAACAGAAAUCUAGUUGAAGUGUAAGCUCAGUUAUUAAUUGGAACCUCAAAGCUUUAAAGGCCUAAUAUACAUUUUUCCCACAUUAGGUGAAGCAGUUAAGAAAUCGAGCGGAAGAGGAUGCCAGAUUAAUCCAUAUGAGCAUUCAAAUGGGCAAUGAACCUUCUACAUCACUGCAUCGAGAUCUUGAGCACCUCAUGUUACUGGUAAAAUCAUAUUCUCAACCUCCUAGAACUGUUCCUGCUUCAGGUGUUAUGUAUAUGUAGAAUACAUUGAAGAGGGUGUAUUAUGUAUAUGUGACCUUACUCUGGCUGCUCACAUGUUCCUUUUUGCAUGAUGUAGCCAGCGAGGCACAAAUCAAGAUGAGUUAUUCUGAAAGUCAUUUGGCAGUGGAUGUACUCUCACUAGGAGCAGUGCCAUUGUUAUUCAAAAUAUGGGAACAUGUGCCCUCUUUAAAGGAGAUAUAUAAUUGUUUUGUCCAGUUCCUGAAGGUUCUUAAACAGGGAUUGUCACAUGACAACUCUAGUUGUUAUCAAUGAGUUGUUUGAAAUUGUAAUUUAUUUUUUUUAAUUUGCAUUCUAUGUAUGGCUAUUCUGGCACAGUCAGAGCAUACCAUGUAAAUUAAGUUAACCCUCAUGGUGUAGUUGGGGUGCAUGCAUGUGUUUGGCAAUUUGGAUGACAUGACCGUGUGCGUGCACUUGUAUGACAUUUCUCAGAAGAUGCAGAGACCAUAAUGGUGUAAUCAUGCACUUUAGACAUUAACAAUCUAUUAAUUGUUGUGGUGCUAUUAUAGUUAAAGGGACACUAUAGUUACCCAGACCACUUCAGAUCAAUAAAGUGGUCUGGGUGCCAGGUCCCUCAGGUUUUAACUAGAGGCGCAUCUGUGACGCUGGAGGCAUAUUUAUGCCUCCAUCACGCAGAGCGUACAUAGGAAAGCAUUAAGAAAUGCUUUCCUAUGGACACUAUGAAUGCACGUGCGGCACUUGCUGUGCAUGCGCAUUUGGCUCCGUUGACGUUGGCGGGGGAGGCGAGGUCACCAGCGCCGAGGGAGCCCGGUGCUGGAAUAACCCCUUAAGCCCACGGAAAGGGGACCCUGAGGGUGGGGGCACCCUCAGGACACUAUAAUGUCAGGAAAAGAGUUCGUUUUCCUGACACUAUAGUGAUCCUUUAAUAUUGGAACAUGCAUCACUUUGAAACAACCAUUCAAAAUCUUUAGCUUUGAAUGAGACCGUUGCCUCACUCUGCAGACAGAAAAAAGCAGGUAAAUACACUGAACAAAAUUAUAAAUGCAACACUUUUGGUUUUUGCCCCCAUUUUUCAUGAGCUGAACUCAAAGAUCUAAGACUUUUUCUAUGUACACAAAAGGCAUAUUUUUCUCAAAUAUUGUUCACAAAUCUGUCUAAAUCUGUGCUAGUGAGCACUUCUCCUUUGCUGAAAUAAUCCAUCCACCUCACAAGUGUGGCAUAUCAAGAUGCUGAUUAGACAGUAUGAUUAUUCUAAAGGUGUGCCUUAGGCUGGCCACAAUAAAAGGCCACUCCAGAAUGUGCAGUUUUAUCACACAGCACAAUGCCACAGAUGUCACCAGUUUUGAGGGAGCGUGCAAUUGGCAUGCUUACUGCAGCAAUGUCCACCAGAGCUGUUGCCCGUGAAUUGAAUGUUCAUUUCUCUACCAUAAGCAGUCUCCAAAGGUAUUUCAGAGAAUUCGGCAGUUCAUCCAACCAGCCUCAUAACCGCAGACCACGUGUAACCACACCAUCCCAGGAACUCCACAUCCAGCAACUUCACCUUCAAGGUCGUCUGAGACCAGCCACCCGGACAGCUGCUGCAACAACAAUCGGUUUGCAUAACCAAAGAAUGUCUGCACAAACUGUCAGAAAUAGUCUCAGGGAAGCUCAUCGGGGUCUCGACCUGACUGCAGUUCGUCAUCGUAACAGAAUUGAGUGGGCAAAUGCUCACAUUCAAUGGCGUCUGGCACUUUGGAGAGGGGUUGCACUGUACAGGGCAGAUGGCAGACAGCGUGUAUGGCGUCGCGUGAAUGAUCGGUUUGCUGAUGUCAACGUUGUGGAUCGAGUAGCCCGUGGUGGUGGUGUUAUUGUAUGGGCAGGUGUAGGUUAUGGACAAUGAACACAAGUGCAUUUUGAAUGCACAGAUAUACCGUGACGAGAUCCUGAGGCCCAUUGUUGUGCCAUUCAUCCACGACCAUCACCUCAUGUUGCAUCAUGAUAAUGCACGGCCCCAUGUUGCAAGGAUCUGUACACAAUUCUUUGAAGCUGAAAACAUCCCAGUUCUUGCAUGGCUAGCAUACUCACCGAACAUAUCACCCAUUGAGCAUGUUUGGGAUGCUCUGAAUCGGCGUAUACGACAGUGUGUUCCAGGUCCUGCCAACAUCCAGCAACUUCGCACAGCCAUUGAAGAGGAGUGGACCAAGAUUCCACAGGCCACAAUCAACAACCUGAUCAACUCUAUGCGAAGGAAAUGUUUUGCACUGCAUGAGUCAUAUGGUGGUAACACCAGAUACUGACUGGUUUUCGUAACCCUACGGACUCCACAAUACUGUAAAACUGCACAUUUUAGAGUGGUCUUUUAUUGUGGCCAGCCUAUGGCACACCUUUGCAAUAAUCAUGCUGUCUAAUCAGCAUCUUGAUAUGCCACACCUGUGAGGUGGAUGGAAUAGCUCCGCAAAGUGGAAGUGCUCCCUAACACAGAUUUCGGCAGAUUUGUGAACAAUAUGUGAGAGAAAUAGGCCUUUUAUGUACAUAGUAAAAAGUCUUAGAUCUUUGAGUUCAGCUCAUGAAAAAUGGGAGCAAAAACAAAAGUGUUGCAUUUAUAAUUUUGUUCAGUGUCUGAAUUAAAAAAAGAAAUCUUAUUUACUUGCUUUUUUUUUUUUUUUUCUUUCCAUACCUACUGGGUUAGGGGGCACUGAUCUAACCAUUAGUAUCCUAUCCCUAGGAAUGCUGGGAUUACUGACAGUUACACGUGGGAAGCUGGAAUAUCUUUCACCUUGCAACAUGGGGCAGAAGAUAGACAUCCUAAUGAUCAGUGUGAUCAAAAAGAGCAGGUUCCAGAGUCAGAUUUCUCUCCCCUGCUGUUGCACAAUGAGGCAGUUAUUAGUGGACUAGUCUGAAACUGAGAUGGAUAGGCAAGAGGGAGGUGGGUUGAGGAGCCUUAAGAAACUCUGCUUUCUGAGCGGUUUGCCCAAUAAUGCAAUCUGAUCAAUUUUAAAGUAAGUUUUAUAAAUAUCACAUACUCAAAGUUUUUCUUGCUUUGUUUUGGUUUUAUAUUUAUUUAAAAAUGUUUGCUUGCUGGUUUAAAAAAGUAAUUGUAAAGUUGUGCAUGCCACUUUAACAGUAAGGGUAGAACAGAGACACUCAUUGUUAAAGCAGCUCUGUCACCCACCACCUCAUCAGUAUUUCAUAAUGAUAAAAUCUUUAUGAAAUACUCCCUGAUAUUUCUAUGCGGUCAAAAGGUAUACGCAGACAAUAUUGGGACUACUUUGUCUUAGUAUUGUUCUUAUUCUUGAUAACACUUGAGAAAGGACAGAGUUACCUUUGUCAAGUUUUGUCAUUCCCAUGCCGGCUGUAGAGAAAAAGGUUCUGUGUCGUAGUAUCCUCACUUUUGUACUCUCAAGCAUGUGCUAGAGUACAUCACUGACGUGGGCUCAUGAAUGCUGAAGAACUAGUAAUUGAAGAGUACUUGCAAGAAGACUUUGGCGGCUGCCUCAAGAAACCGCUUCUGGUAAGUAUAACUUACCUUCCACUGCACAACUUGGGACACCCAGAGGAGCAGUCACCAAUGGGGAAAGAAAGGGGGUGUCUUUACAAAUUAUGCAACGACUACAGGCUGGAACAGAGCUGCUUUUAAUAACUGUAAAUUUAAAUAUCUAUGUAUGGAUUUAUAUAUAUCUUUUUGUGUCUUGACAUUAGCUUGCAUACUCUGUUACUGAUAACAAGUGGUAGUAAUGUAUUUUACUCUCUAACCCUGGCAGAUUGGCUCAACAUACAAGGAUGACCCCUUUCAUCUUGAACUGGCUUUAGAAUACUGGUGUCCUGGCGAACCUCUGCAGACUACAACCAUUAUGGGUUCUUACCUCGGUGUUGCUCACCAUAGGCCUCCACAGCGCCAGGUAUGUGUUUUGAUUUAGGCAGUUUUCAGUGAUUUCUUAAGAAAUCUUAUGUACAGUCAGAUUCUGUUUCUUGUGAAAACGUGUAUACACUGAUCAGCCAUAACAUUAAAACCAAUGACAGGUGAAGUGAAUAAUAUUAAUUAUAUCAAUACAAUGGCACCUGUCAAGGUUUAAUAUAAUAGGCAGCAAGUGAAUGGUCAGUACUUUAAUUUCAUGAGUUGGAAGCCUGAAAAAUGGGCAAGUGAAAAGAACUGAGGAACUUUGACAAGGGCCAAAUAGUGAUGGCUAGGUGUCAGAGCAUCUCCUAAACGGCAACUCUGGGGUGUUCCCGGUAUGCAGUGGUAAGUACCUAACGAAAGUGGUGCAAGGAAGUACAAUCGGUGAACCGGCAUGUGACGAACUCACUACUUGUCAUAUUCUAAGGACAGUUCCCUUCUAGUUCGUGUUAUAAGUUUCCCUGAACACUUAUAAGUUUCUUCAGUUUGGCAGCUGCAAUCUACUGAACACCGACCACCCACAUGGCUCAUUAACUACAAACCAACCAUAUACUUAAGUGCUCUCUGUGUGGCCGCCGUUCAUAUAACCGAACAACACAUGCUGUGGAAAACGGCGGCCAUCUUGUCUCACGAACGCAGGCAACGGGACUUGGUCGUCGAGCGUAUGGAACUCAGUCGGAUACAUCCACGUGCAAACCUCUAUGAUCUUGCAUCAACGCCUGCUUCUGUUCUGUUGCUGUUAGGUAGGAGACGAGCAAUCACUACCUAUGAGCAAGGAAAACCAAAAGUGACCGACUGUUACUACUUUUUCUCUUGAACUAAUUUGGGCACACGCCAUACGUGCGGUUGGUCAAAACUUUACCCCGGUGGCGAUUCGGUUGUAUUCGUGGGAUCUGAGUGCUAUUUGGACACUGUGAGCACUCAGAUCCUGGCUAUCAGGGGUUAUAAUACUUGUGGGGGUUCCUAUAUGUGUUAUGUGUAUUUUGGGGUGUUUUUGGAUAAUAUUUUGUACCUCUAUUGCCUGGGCGAUAAUUGGUUAAAGCAAAUGCAGGCUCUCAUCUUCCAGACACAGAGGUGCCUGGGCGGGCUUAUUGUACAAGUGAAUGGAGACCCCUUGCUAGAGGUCUGUGUAUUUAAACAGGCCACUGGGCCAUAAUUAUUAUUACUGGCAUUUAUAAAGCACCAACAUAUUCUGCAGCGUUGUACAAUUGGGAAAAAGACAAAAUAAAAACAUACCAAUACAAUAGGUAGAGAACCCUGCCCGUGAACAAUCUAAAACAUUCUUCUUGUACCCUUCAUCAAGUCUUGGCUGAUGUUUGGGUGUUUGAUGUUUGGGUCUCUAAUAAUAUGAAACUAUUUCACCUCAGGACUCGGGAGAUUUAAAACAGAUAUAAUCAGUUGGAGUAUGGGGGAUCCGUUACACAGCAUCAGUGUCAUGGCGCAAGGCUCAUUGAUACUCAUGGGAAGCGAAGGCUAGUACAUCUGGUCCUAUCACACUGAAGAACCACUGUAGCUCAAAUUGCCGUAAAGCUAAAUGCUUGCCAUGAUAGAAAGGUGUCAGAAUACAGUGUAUUGCAGUUUGCUAGAUAUGGAUCUGCAUAGCCGCAGACCGGUCAGAGUACCCAUGAUAACUACUGUUCAGAGCCAAAAGCACUUUCAAUAGGGACGUGAGCGUCAGAACUUCACCAUGGAGCAAUGGAAGAAAGUUGCUUUGUCUGAUGAAUCCACUUUUCUUUUACAUCAGGUGGAUGACUGUUAAUAGCUCCCGACUGAUUCCUCUUCUGCAACUGUCAUUACUAUCCUUACCUUUUUGUGUCACUUUACCCCACUCCCUCUAGCGCGUAAGCUCAUUGAGCAGGGCCUUCAACACCUCUGUUCCUGUGUGUCCAACUUGUCUGGUUACAACUACAUGUCUGUUCGUCCACCCAUUGUAAAGUGCUGCAGGAGUUGAUGGCGCUAUAUAAAUAACAUAAUAAUAAUAAUGACUGGGUGCUUUUGUGCUUUUUUUUUUUUUUUUUUUUUUUUACUUGGGAAGAGAUUUUAACAGGAUGCACUAUUGGAAUAAGGCAUGCCGGCAGAGGAAGUGUUAUUUUCUGGGCAAUGUUGUGCUGGGAAAUCUUUGGUCCUGGCAUUUAUGUGGUUGUUACUUUGUCACGUGCCACAUAUCUAGAGAUUGUUGCCGACCUCGUACAGCACUUCAUGGCAAUGAUGUUCCCUGAUGGCAGUGGUCUCAUUGAGCAGUAUAAUGCACCCAGCUUCACUGAAAAAAUUGUUCAGGAAUGGUGUGAGGAUCGUGACAGUGUCCAAGGUGUUGCACAGCUUGUGCAAGAUAUUAACAUAGUUAAUCACUGUCCUGGAAUAUUUACGGUAUGGGUAAAAGACAGGUGGGGAGGUUUCUCUUCCUUGUUGUCUUCAGGUUAAAUCUGGGUUCUGGAAACCAACUUCCAAAAAGUGACUUUCGUGAUAUCACACUAGUAAAAAUACAAUAAAAAUAUUACAAUCUUUUAAAGAAAAAAAUAAAUAAAAAAAGAAUUAUAACUGAAAUAAAAUCAGAUGUACACAUUUACAAAGAUGGAUGGUGUUUGCUUUACUGGUCACUAACAAUCGAUUUAAAAAAUGUUUGUUUUUUUUUUUUAAAUUAUUUCCAUCAAAUCAUUAAUCACUUUCCGGUUUCAGAUCGUGUUGUCAAAGUUUGUGAGACAAAUGAGUGAUCUUCUUCCUGCCACUCUUUACAUACCAUAUCUAAAGAUGCUUCGGAGUCUGUCCAGUGGGCCGCAGUGUGCGCAUUACUGCUUUGGUCUUCUAAAAUCCAAUGGUGGUGGUCAUGGUAAGAGUUACAAUGAAAAAUGCAAACUAUGCACAACAUAGAAUGCCACAUGGUCUUUUAGUAUCAGUAAUGUAAUGGUUCAGCAGGCAUUUAAUCCCAAAUUGGGAAGGCAAACACACACUGUUGAACUUGUCUAAUAAGUCAUUGUUGAAGGUACAGGGGACCAUUCAUUACUUUGUUCUGCAUUACCUUGUGAGUAAUGAGCUGUAGACCCUUGUAGAGGUAUGUGUGUUCUCACUGUUAUCUAUACUUUGCUACGUUACUUGGAACUGGGCAACCUUUGACUCCCAAAUAUGCAGGUUUUUUUUUUUUAACAAGUUCAUGAAGAUAAUUAUAGGAUUAGUUUUUAAUCUGUGCAUAUGUUAAAACUUUGUUAAAUUCUAGUUUUUUGGAACUGGUAAAUUUGAAAAAUAAAACUUACAGAACAAACUAAUAUUUCAAUAUUUAAACAAAGGGAAUGUCACUUAAAAAAACUAAUUUAAGGCCUGUUUAGCCUGCAACUUGGCGCUUUCAUAUUCGUUCUCUAUCAGCCAUUGUUAUAAGCUGCUUUCUUUGCACCUGGUAGUUGGCAUAGAGAAAGCCUAGACAGAAGAGGUAAAAUGAAACAGUGGUGUUAUGUAUAAAAUGUUUUGUGUUCUGUGAAGCACUAGAAUUGUAAAGUGCUGCAGAAAGAUUUGGUCACCAUCCAAACCAAUGAAACCAGCAUUGAUGACUCCUCUUCUUUUCAAUGUUUGCUCCUCAUGUUUCUUUUGUUUUUCACCUUUUUGUAAUGUUUUCUGUCUUUUAUCUUGUCUGAACUGCUUGAUGUAAAGCAAUUUUUUUCAAUGUGGAAUAAGCAAGCUUAAAAGUUAAAGUGACACUAUAGUCACCAGAACAACUACAGUUUAAUGUAGUUGUUCUCGUGAGUAUAAUAGCUCCCUUUAGGUAUUUUCAUGUAAACUGUUUACAUUUACAUUGCCCCUAGGGACACCUCCAAGUGGCCACUCUUAGAUGGCCACUCCUUAGAUGGCCACUGGAGGUGCUUCCUGGUUCAGGGCUGCACAGUAAGCAUCCCUGCGUUUCAGCAUCCCCAUGCUCUGCGUGGAGAUGCUGAAUUUACCUUAUAGAGAUGCAUUGAUUCAAUGCAUCUUUAUCAGGAGGUCCUGAUUGGCCAAAACUGCAUUUGGCUCCGCCCCUAUGCCGAUUUUAGCCAAUCCAAUGCUUUCCCUAUGGGAAUGCAUUGGAUUGGCUAACAAUCUGCUAUUUUGAUGUCACAAAGGGUCCGCGGCGCUGGAAAUAAGGUGAGUUUUUUUUAAACUUUUAUAGGGGUGCUAAGGUGGGACAUGCCACCUAAAUGGUGGGUUUAGAACCAUAGGGUCAGGAAUACUUGUUUGUGCUCUUGGCCCUAUAGUGAUCCUUUAAAGUUUUGAACAUGUCCAUUACAACAUAAAGCGCCUAGAGAACAAAAUUGUGCACAGCAACAGGAUUUUCACUGAUGUGGGCAUUGCUCAGAAUUCAAAGUGACGUUCAACUUUUAGGCCAAAAAAUGAAUUGGAAGAAUUCUCCAAGUCAAUUCUGUUUUCAUUUUGGCUAUUUUAGCCUUGAAUAUGAAAUUCACUUUAAAUAACCCUGUUAAAAAGGAACAAUUUCACCAGUGUGCUGAGACUUUAAGUUGCUUGUGAUUGAUAUUCUGCAGGAUGUGUGUAAUAUUAUCUAGUAUCUUCGGUUAAAAAAAUAAAAAAAAGAUUUUGUUUUAAGUUGUUUCUCUAACUAGCAUUCAGUGUUGCCAGCGUGUGCACAGGUUCCUUUUUAGAUGUAAUGUCCUUCUUAUUUUUCAAAAACUAUACAAAAUUGGGUAUAAAAAAGGCUAAAUACAUAGGCCAAAAGCCAUUAAGUGUGUGAAAGUUGUGUUGGUAACGGUAAGCGUUAAAAUGGAUGUACACCACCUGCAUUUUUGCGCACUAGCUGUAAAUACCUCUUAUUUCCUUUGUCUCAGCAGAGAACAUGCAGGGAACUGGGGGAAGCCCAGUGUCUUGGGACCAUUUCUUUCAUUCUUUGAUGCUGUAUCAUGAGCACCUACGGAGGGAUUUGCCCAGUGCAGACACUUUACAUCAACGUCACCCGCUGCUCAGAGGCAUUACCCAGAGGGAGCUUGAUGGACUUAUUGCUUUUUUACAGCUCACUACUGAAAUCAUUGAUUGGGUAUGUCAUGUUCAAAUUAGCUGUGUUAUCGUGUACAGGUAUAUGCAGAGUAUAUUGUACAAGUGUCCUGUAACCUGUCUAUUUACUGAUUAGAACGUGUUUUGCAAGGAAUGAGAUUUCUCUCAUUUUUCAUCCUGUCCUAGAGAGCACGUGCCAAUACUAUGUUACACAUUCACUUUGAAUGUGUUUUACAUUAGCAUUGAUUGCAGGUGCUCUUUUUGUAAAUAAAGAUUUAAAGGACCACUAUAGGCACCCAGACCACUGUAGCUUAAUGAAGUGGUCUGGGUGCCAGGUCCCUCUAGGAUUAACCCUUUCUGCUGUAAACAUAGCAGUUUCAAAUGGGUUAAUCCAGCCUCUAGUGGCUGUCUUAUUAACAGCCACUAGAGGCGCUUACGCGCUUCUCACUGUGAUUUUCAUGGUGAGAAGACGCCAGCGUCCAUAGGAAAGCAUUGAGAAUGCUUUCCUAUGAGACUGGCUGAAUGUGCGCGCGGCUCGUGCCUAUUCCAUUACUGUGGAGAAUUAUAAUAAGAGGAGAUUCAUAUUCUGAUUGUGAAGGUAGAACUUCUCAGUAGUUUUUGUGAAAAUCUCAGUAGUUUCAUUAAUGAUAGCCAUCAUGAUCAGAUACUAUAUUUUAGCAUCUCUCUGGCCUGAAGUGGGCAGAGCUGACAUUCAGAGAUUUUUCAAACCUAUUACAAAAAGAGGAAAACACAUGCAGCACUCUGGGAUACUAUUGGUGUAAAUUUAUUCAGUGGGAUGCCACCCAAAAGCCUUUAUAAUGCAUAUUCACUAAAUAAACCAGAUGUGUAUUUAACCAAUAGUUGAUUGGUCACAUGAUCCACAAUAAACAAUGCAAUAUUGCAGUUCCAAGAAAACCGUAAAUGUAACUCCAUGUCACAUUUUCCGGUUUUCUUGAAAUUGCAUUAUUCCAUGUCACAUUUUCUUGUUUUCUUAUCAUUUAUUGUGGAUCAUGUGACCACUUCCUCUUUUUUUUUAAAUAAACUUCUGAAUAUGAAACAUCUGGAAUGAAAAUAGUGAAUGCCUAGGUAGUGUUUUUACCUUCCAGAGAAGUGAUGCAGGCAAUUAGAGUUGAUAUACCUUGCUUCAAGAGUCAGCCAUGAGUCAUUUUUUUGAUCUAUGACUAUGAAGGAAUCACACUAAAAAGCAAUACAUCAUAACAAAUUAUGCAGUGUUGUGUUUGGUGAGGUGGCUUUACAGUGUUUAUACAUACAGUUGUGCUCAAAAGUUUGCAUACCCUUGGAGAAUUGGUAAUAAAUGUACCGUUUUGAAAGAAAACAUGAGUGAGCAGGUUAAACACAUUUAUUUUAUUUCUCAUGUGAUUCAUAUACAUCUGUAGAUUAUUACAGAAUGGCACAAUCAUAAAACAAAACAUGGCAACCAAGAAAAAGUUAAAUGACCCCUGUUCAAAAGUCUGCAUACCCUUAGUUUUUAAUACCGCGUAUUGCGCCCUUUAGCAUCAAUGAUGGCAGGCAGGCAGUCUUUUGUAAUAGUUGUCUGAGACCCCUAAUUCUUGCAGAUGGUAUAGCUGCCCAUUCGUCUUGGCAAAAUGCCUCCAAGUCAUGCAAAGUCAUUGGUCUUGUUGCAUGAACUGCACGUUUGAGAUCUCCCCAGAGUGGCUCGAUGAUAUUAAGGUCAGGAGACUGUGAUGGUCAGUCCAGAACCUUCACCUUUUUCUGCUGUAACCACUAUAAGGUCAACUUGGUCUUGUGCUUAAGGGUCAUUGUCAUGUUGGAAACUCCAAGAGCAUCCCAUUCGCAGCCUUUGUGCAGAAGAAUGCAAAUUGUUUGCCAGUAUUUUCUGAUAACAUGCUGCAUUCAUCUUGCCAUCAAUUUUCACAAGAUUUCCCAAGUGUCUACAGCUCACACCCCCUCCCAAAACAUCAGUGAGGCACCACCAUGCUUCACAGUGGGGAUGGUAUUCUUUUUCACUAUAGGCCUUGUUGACCCCUCUCCAAAUGUAGUGCUUAUGGUUGUGACCAUAAAGCUCUAUUUUGGUCUCGUCACUCCAAAUUACAAUGUGCCAGAACCUGUGAGGCGUGUCAAGGUGUUGUCGGGCAUAUUGUAACUGGAUUUUUUUGUGGCAUUGGCACAGUAAAGGCUUCUUUCUGGCAACUUGACCAUGCAGCUCAUUUUUGUUCAAAUAUUGUCAUGUUGUGCUCCUUGAAACAACCACUCUCUUUUUCCAGAGCAGCUUUUAUUUCUCCUGAGGUUACCUGUGGGUUUUUCUUUGUAUCCCGAAUAAUUCUGUAUUCCGAGCAGUUGUAGCUGAAAUCUUUUUUGGUCUACCUGAACUUGGCUUAGUAUCAAGAGAUUCUGGAAUUGUCCACUUCUUAAUAAAUGAUUGAACAGUACUGACUGGCAUUUUCAAGGCUUUGGAUAUCUUUUUAUAUUCUUUUCCAUCUUUAUAAAGUUUCAUUACCUUGUUACACAGAUCUUUUGACAGUUCUUUUCUGAUCCCCGUGGCUCAGUAUCUAACCUGCUCAGUGCAUCUCCACUGGUGUGAGAAGUUAACAUUUAAUUGCGAUUUUUACCUGUGUUACCUUGUGUGUCUGUAACAAGUCCAAACAUUCAAAGGUUUGUAAACUUUUGAUCAGGGCCAUUUGGGAGAUAUGUUAUCAUUAUGAUUUAAAAAUGAGCCAAACAACCUAUGUGAUAAUAAAUGGCUUCAUAUGAUCACUAUCCUUCACUAAAAUAAAUUUGUUGCAUGAUCAGUCAUAUUUUCAAAAUCAAUGCCAAAAUUUCACAAUUUCUGCUAGGGUUUGCAAACUUUUGAGCACAACUGUAUAGCAAAUCACUAAUAGUGUAUAACUAGCUUUAGCAUUUCCUGCAGUCUCCUUUCUUAUGGGAAGAUUUGUUUCUCAGCAAGGGUUUAUUACUUAAAUUACAAGUUGUGGUAAAUAAAAAAAAUAAAAUAUAAUUACAAAAUGUUGGCUAAAAUAACCAAGCUGUGAUUGAUUUUAUUUUUUUCAUAUCCAUUAUGGUUGCAUAGAUGUUACAAUUUAUCCCUCAAUUUACUACAAUUGAGUGUUAAUUGAAUAAACCCCAAAUAGAUUUCUUAAAGGACCACUAUAGACAGCUCAGUGAAGUGGUCUGGAUGCAAGGUCCCCCUAGUUUUAACCCUGCAGCUGAAAACAUAGCAAUUUUAGAGAAACUGCUAUGUUUACACUGCAGGGUUAAUCCAGCCUCUAGUGGCUGUCUCCCUGACAGCCACUAGAGGCACUUCCGCGAUUUACACUGAGUAAAUCGCAUUUAUUUGAAGCUGGACGUCCUCACGGACCUCUAGUGUCAAAAAAGAACAUUGAGUAAUGCUUUCCAAUGGGCGAGUUUGCAUGCGUGUGAGCCUCUGACCGCGCAUGCGCAUUAGGCUCCACUCGGGAGCUGACAUCGGUGGGGGAGGAGAGGUCACCAGCGCAAAGGGAGCCCAGUGCUCGAUUAAGGUAAGGGGCUGAAGGGGGGAGGGCACUCCAAGAGCCUAUAGUGCCAGAAAAACUGUUUUUUUUUCCUGGCCCUAUAGGAUCUCUUUAACAUUUCAAAAAUAGUUUUUUGCUUUGUAACCCAAAUGGGAGAUUUGGAGCUAACUAGAUACUAAAAUAUUUUUUACAGAACUGUGGCCAAGUUGUAUCGCUAAAAAUUGCAUUCUGUAAGAAUAACUAUAAAAAUUGCAUGGAUGAUUAUCUAUACCCAAGCUUGUGCCUGUUUAGCAUGCUUCAGUAGUCAACUAUAUCAAAGGCUUUAGCAGUCUUCAAGCGCCAUAACCACUACAACGUUAUGUAGAUGUUCUGGUUCGUUGGCUGUCCAUCCAUGUUUUAAAGUUUAAAGAUGUGACCUAUUAAGAUAAUUUAAAAGAAAAAAUGUUGACCUCGUAACGUAACGGAUUAUCAUACAUUUACAUUUCAUUUUUUAUAUUUUUGUUUUUAUAUAUGCAAAAAAAGAUUAUUUAUACAAAUAGUUGCUGUUUUUUUUUUUUUUUUCUUUCUUUCCUCAACCUAGGGGUGAUAUGUUCAUGCACACUUUGCAAAUACUAUGUGCAAAGUGUGAAAAAAAAAAACUUAGGAAAACAAUAAUAUAUCCCUGGCUCACUGUCACUAUUUUCAUCAAGCUCUAUAACCCCAAAUCGGAAGGAGACCUAACACAGUCUAUUUUAUUAAAAAUACUUAGAUUAUCAGUAUUUCCUUCCUUUAUAUGGUUCUUUCAAGGGUUUCCACAGUUAGUUAUGUCAGUUGCAAAUGUGCUCAAAUAAAAAAAAUAAAAAAGGAAAAAAAUAUCACUAAAACAGGCAAAAAGCUAUCUCAAAUGGUAGGAUCUUUAAGAAUAGACACUAAACCCUACAUUUCUAUUUCCUUAUAAAAUGAGAAAAUAAGGAUAAUUAAAGUCUCAAGAAGAACAUUCACAGUAACUCCUAACCGGAUUAUUUAAAUCCUCUAAUUUUAUCACAGUUUCUCCAGGUAUGUGUAGUUUUAGAAGACAAAUUUCAGAAAUUGUUGCGAUCUCACCCACCACUAAGCAUCUUGCUUAAGACAGUUGAAAUAUCAAAUUAUAAGAACUAAUUUGUGAUGGAGAGGAGGUUGUACAUUGAUUUUUGCAAUACAUACAAUUUCUUUGUCUCUGAUGAAAACACCGCCCUUGUUUAAUACCUAUUUAAAAAAAAAAUUGUGGCAACUGGUAUAAUGCUGAACAGUGUAAUAUAGAUAUGCUAUGAUUGAAUGUUGCCUCUUAGUGCAGAUUUACACUGAUGUGAUCUCCGCUCACUGCUUGUUCUUGUAAUUCCUGCUAGAGUGAAAGUGCUCGUCUGGCUCUUAGUGAACAUGCUCAGUGGAUGCCUGUGGUUGUUAUCCUCGGCUUGCUCCAGUGCAGUAUUCCUCCCAUCCUCAAGGCUGAGCUCUUGAAAACAUUGGCAGCAUUUGGGAAAUCACCAGAGAUAGCAGCUUCACUCUGGCAAUCUCUGGAAUAUACCCAGGUAAGUUAAAAACACCCACUUUAUAAUUGGAGAGUGGUUAUAUUGUGGCUUGUUUUACAGAGAGGUGAUGCAUUUUUUUUAUUGUUUUAAUCAGACCCCAACUUGGUAUAGUAACUUCUAUACAAUGUAACUUACUUCCUCUGAAUAGAUAUGCAUUACAAACAUAUAUCAUAUAUCAUGGGGAAAUAAAUCAAUGUCUGAGCAUCAAUGCAUGCAAACAGCAACCAUGCCUUUAAGAUAUUGUUUUUUUUCCCAUGCAUCUGUUAAGCAACAAACAUUUUUGCCAACUAUUCAUAGACCAUAACUUUUCAUCUGUAUGUUAUAUUAGCCACAAUGCUGGCAUAUUUGUAUAUCGCAUGUUAUUCUAUGUUGAAGGUUCUAACUCUUACUGUCAAUAUUACUAGCAUAGAUUAAAUCUAAUACAAAAAUAAAUUCUAAGGGUAACAUGGUAAUGUGGAAGGUUCAUCACUUUCAUUCUCAAACUAAAUCUGUUGGGUGCAUGCAGGGCACUUGUCAAGCAUGCGCAUCAUGUUCCCAAUACUCCUCUAUGAGGAGCAUUGGAUUGGGCAAUUACUAGAGGAAUCUUUGCCUCCUAAUGCUUUGGGAGGCGGAGAGGUGAGGAGCGUUGAGAUUUCUUGAUAAAGGUAAGUAAAUCUUUUAUUCAUAUUCAUGGCAUACAGGGGGAGGGAGGCUAUAUUAAGCUAGGGUCAAGGGUUCUACAGCAUAAGGUAUGCAGGUUUAUAUUCCUAUAGUGUUCCUUUAAUAGCAACGGUAUUUUGAUUAUUCCAUAUACAGCAGAACCUUCAUUAUAAGAAGUACCAUCUUGCUUGUGAUUCUUACUUGACACAAGUUGUUUUUUGUUUUUUUUUAAUGUAUACAUGUUCUAUACAUUUUUUUUUUUUAUUCACAGAUUUUACAAACCGUGAGAGCUCCAGGCCAGCGACAGGCAGCAGGCAUUGAGGUAAUUAUAACCAUGUAACUCGCCCUUUAAGUCCUCCUUUCACACUGUCAUCUGGGAUGCAUGCUCUGUCUGCAACAUUACUAAAUCAACUGCUGUCUAUGUCUUCUUCAUCUCAUGUUUCCUUAUGCUGGCAUUAACUGAAACAUGGCUAUUUCCCUCUACUACCCCUGCCUCUUUAUCCUUUUGGUGGUCUUCAAUUGACUUGCAUCACUAGACAAUCUGACAGAAAGAGUGGCGAAGUAGGGUUUCUGCUUUCACCCCACUGUUUCUUCAAAUUUCUACCUACCCCUCCACCCCUUCCCUUUUUAUCUCCUCUUGCGAAAUUCACUCAAUUUGUGUGUUUAAACAACGUCUGCUAAUGUCGCCAUUAUUUCCCGUAUCCCCAGCCCUCCUUAACUAGGUUAACAGAAAUCUAUUGACCUCCAGCAACUGUAAUCUGAUGUCUCUUCUCAGCUCUCAUUCAUCCCUACUUUCUCUUGUCCCUCUCUGACUAUCUCCUCAUAAAAAGCUACCCUCCCCUCUGGACGCUGCUGUCAGGUCCUCGCGAGCGGGGGGCUCUGGUGCUUCCUCGCAGCGCUGUUCGGUCCCGCCGGCAGUGUUUAUGACCCUGCACGCUUGCGUGAUGCGUCCUUAAAUAAGCAACUGAAUCAGCCACCUGGCUCAGCGCGUUUUGAUGACAUCACAGGACUAAGUGGAAGGUCAAAAUGCCUUCCACGUGUUGUAAUAAAUUCUAAUUUAAAGCUAGCCAAUCAGGUUUGCCUUAAUCCUAUUUAAACUUACCUUCCCCUUGAAUUGGUGCCCUGUUGUGGUUUUUGUUAGCCCAAUAGCUUGUUACUCUGUAUCUGAUUAUUCUGGUUACUGAACUUUGGCUUGUCUCUUGUUUACGCUGUCUUCUUUGAUCCUUGACCUCGGCUUGUCCUUUCGUAUACCGUCUCUGUUGUCCUUGACCUCGACUUGUACUCUGACCACACACUCUCUCUUUUGUAUAGCCCGGCCACUCUAAGGACCAGUAUUGCAAUUCUGUGUGUCUGUAACCUGUCUGCGUGUUUAGGUAAAUGGGACAGCUGCAGCCCUACUCCAAACAUGCACCUCAAGGAGGGCACGCCUUCAGACGUGGCACACUAGGUUGACUCUGUACAUGCAGAGAUGCUUGUGUUAAGCUGAACACUGCUGGAUGAAGUCUCACACAUUGUCAGACUUUCUCCAUUAUAAAUUUAUCUUGCAUUCGUACAGCACAGCGAUCACCCUUGCUAAAUAAUCAGAUUUUCUUCUCAUUUUACCAUGCUUCCACAAUCCAAGGCGUCUCUUUGAUACCUUCAAUUCACUUCUUCACCCUGCUGUGGCCACCACCAAAUUAAACUUUCAAUUAAGCGGUUUACAUGCUUUUUUCCCUGACAAGAUUAAUCAAUUAAGGAAAUAAUUCUCUCCCCUUCCUCCUCUCUGUCAACCACACUUGAGCUGGGGCUUUCCUGCCUUUCAAUCCUUCUCCCCUGCUACUGAACAAGAGGUGGCUGCACUUCUCCUUACCUCUCGCCCCACCACUUGUCCACUUGAUCUUGCCCCAUCUCACCUUAUCAGAUUUCUCUCCCUGUGUCUUGUGAAAUCCUUAAUGCAUAUCUUUAACUGUUCUUUCUUCUGGCAUUGUCCCCACUCCCAUCAAUCAUGCUACUGUCGUACCCGUCCUUAAACAAACAAUCACUUGACCCGUCUUUCUUUCCAUCUACCAUCCCAUAUCCCUUCUAACUCUCCUCAAAGCUUUUAAUAUGACUUAUCUUUACGCGUCUUGCUUGCUUUCUUAAUUCCAAGUCUCUCCUUGAUCAUCCACACUACUGAGACCGCUCUGAUUAAAGUAACCAAUCAUGGCAUUGCUGCUAAAUCUGAAGGCCACUACUGUAUACUCUUUCUUCUAGACCUUUCUGCUGCCUUUGACAUUGUUGAUCUUGUCCUCCAUCUUCAAACUAUUCAAUCCCUUGAUCUCUGUGACACUGUUCUCUCGUUCUUCUUCUAUUUCUUCCCAUGUUCAUUCAAGGUAUACUUUUAUACUAAUAACACCUCCUACCCUCAUCCUGUCUCUGUCAGAGCCCCCACUGGUCUCUUCUUGUUCCCCUUUUUGUCCCCAUUUAUUGUUAAAUUUCCCUCCUUUUAUAAUUUUAUAAAGUGCUGUGGAAUAAGUUGGCACUACAUAAAUACCAAAAAUAAUAAUAAUAAUACAUAUAAUAUUAAUAACAACAAAGUAUUUAACCAGGAAGGGUACAUUCAGAUUACUCUGGUUUUCAAGUGUGUCCUGUUACCUUAACCCAACAUCCAGGGGUUGUUACUAUUACCCAAUUUAAUGGUACGUAUCAUGAAAUUUGAAAAAAAAAAUCUAAUUUUAUUUUGCUAUUGUCAAUUAACAGUAGUUUUAUCUUUUCAGUAAGAGUUCGCAUCUCUAACAGUAUUGCUGUAGGGUUUACAUAAAAUAUGCUUAUUUUUAAUUUUAACUUUCACAUUUACCCAGUUUUAGAAUUCUCUCAUUGUGGUUUUUUUUUUUUUUUCUACUAGAUAUACUAGUGAAAGGUGAACUAUAGUAACAUGCUCUUUUCAUAUUUGUUUAUUGGCAAAGGUGGAACUGAAUGAAAUCGAGUCGAGGUGUGAGGAGUAUCCGCUGACUCGUUCUUUCUGCCAGCUCAUUGGUACUUUAGUCGGGAGUUCUUUUCCAUCAAACCUUGGUGCUGGUCUGCGCCCUCCAGGUUUUGAACCCUACCUUCAAUUUCUCCGGGACACUGUUUUCCUCCGCUUCCGCACCAGGGCUUACAGAAUACCCGCAGAAAAGGUAGAUGACAAGUUUUGGUCACAAACCACAUUGUACUAUUGUUUCUUAGUGAGUUCUCCUCUAUCUUCAGCUUCUAAUAAAAAAAAGAACAAUUUUUAGAUUUUAAAAAAAGAGUAUGCAAUUUCAAAGUGAUCUAAACACUAAAAACUAAAAAUUGCCUGUGGGAUUAAUAUAGCAGAUGCUUUGCAGUAAUUCUCAUACCUUAGUGUUUGAAACUUGGGUAGGUAGGCUUUGCUAUUGCAGAUGUUGUGUGGUAGACUAGAGCAUUUUGUGUUGUUUGGGGGAGAAGCAGGGUGUGGGGGGGGGGGUAGUUUAGAUCAUCUAGAAACGUAGAUGUUAUCUACUUCAGUUUUUUUUAAUCGUUGUCACAUAAUGUCAGGCAGUCUCUGGUAUUCCAUUGACUUUAGACAACUACUUUUGUGACGUUUAGACAGCCAUGUAGUACUUUUGUCAUUAAAAGAACAAGAGUGUUUGAUAUGUGUCGACUGUAAGCCAUCAAGAAGAUCCCUCUUAACACUAUAGAAAUAAUUCUAUUUAUCUGUUUGACCAUUUUUAAAAAAAAAUUAUGACAAUGUAACUCCAGAACCAUUAUUUGGUACAAUUUGUGAAGUUUGACUGCAGAGCUUGCUUUUAUGUAUUUGGUUUUGUCUUACAUAGCCAUUUUACAGUGCUGACACCCAUUCGACCUGAAUCCUGUUAAUAAGAGUUAAUAGAGUUGUGUAAGAGUUCAUAAAUGUACCUCAUUAGAGAUUUUUGCUUUUUUUUUUUCUUCAAGCAGCUGGGUGAAUUGUUAAUGUAUGACUCAGAGGUUUGCCUUGACGAGGCAGGUGAGCUUAUACUUUAGUGGCUGUUAGAGUGGUACUAAAAAUGCCUUUUACCAUCCAAAGACUAAUAAGCUGACAUUAUUUACACAAUCAUGUGCACUGAAUGUGGUUGAAUUUUGAGUGCCAUCGCCUUGCCAUAUUCAGUGUACAUAAUUGGCAGAAGGGCUUAAAUAUAAAUCUGGAUUGCAAUUUGUGUGAUAAUUGAAUAUAAGAUUCUAAUUCCCUAUUGGAGAUAGAAACAUUUUAAGUUGAAAUUUAAUUUUAAAAAAUACAUGUAAUUAGGUUUGGUGAAGAGUCCUGCCAUACUCUCUGGGAUGGUUCUUAUGCAUUUAUCUUCUUUGACACACAGCUUUCCUUGCAUUAAAUAUUGGGGUGUACAUUUUAUUUUUAUUUUAUUUUUUUUGUGGAUCCAUCCCCUUUUGGAAACCACCCACCAUAUUUUCAGCAUAACUGGUAUGACCUUAUUGGCAAGUCCAAAGUCUGUCCUGCUUUCAUGCCUCCUAUUGUUCUUAUAAAGGAUAAGUCUCUGAAAUCUUAUGUGAAAUUCUAACUAAAUCAAUUAUAAGCCAUUUAAAGCAGCUAUGUCGCCUCCCAUCAGAAAUAACCUUUUCUAAAAUACUCACAUUGACUGUGUUGGAAUAUCACUGAAAUUCCAAUGCAGUCAAAAGAUAUACUAAGACAAAGUAGAGCCUAUUUUAUCUUGGUAUAUUCCACUGCUUGACAAAACUUGAGUAAAGGAGGAGCGACCACCCCCCAAGUAUUGUUAUUUUCUGCAAUAGUACUGAUAUAACACUUACGUGGGCUCCUGGAUGGAAAAACAUGGCGGCAGCAACAAGGAACAGGUUCACGUAAAUAAAACUCGCCUUUACCCCACAACCACUAGACACCAAGCAGAGUAGUCACCUUUGGAAGACCCCAGACUGUGUCGGAAUGGCUUUCAUUAUUCAUUAAUCUGCAGAUACUCCUUUUUUUUCUUUCUUUUCUUUUCGUUUCCUUUUUUUUUUUACUCAAAUGUUUUCUUCUUUCACCUCAUAUAGUUCUUUAGAGGGGGAAAAAAACUAUUUAUUCUGCAUACAUCAAUCUGAAUUAAUCCUUAUUGUUGGUUAUUGGGGUCUUCUUUCUGCUCAGGUAUCUUUUGGCUAAGAAUUAGCAUCUUGAUCCAAUUUUAAAGGGGCACUCCAGACCCCUAAAGGGCUUCAGCUUGCUGAAGUGCUUUAUGAAUGAAGAGUGUGUCCUCUGUUUUUCAUUUUACAAAAAGUGCGUAUUUCAAUACAAAUUGAUUUGUUUGGUUGCUUAAAUCGAUAGACCUAAACUCAAGAGACAGGUAAUUGCUCAGAGCACUUACCUUGCAAAGAGUUAUUGUUGAGUUGCACUGGGAAGGCUGUGAUUGGACAGCAACAAAAACUCUGGACUGGGUUAGAAAAGGCUUGCAAAGGCAACAGGCAAGAGAACUGUAGGUUUUGAUGUUUUUUGUUCUACCCCCAGUGGACAAAAUGCAUAAAUAAAUGCGUGCAAGUUUUCAAUUGUGUAUAUUCUUACUUUUAUGUGUUGGUGACCUUUUAAAGCCAUGUUACGUUUGUCUUUUUUUUCAGUGGGAAGUAGCAGAGGCAGUGCUGGAUGUUUUUUACAAGCUGCUUAAAGACUAUGAACCCCAGCCUGAUGACUUUGUGGACCAUCUUGUGCAUCUGCAAGGUAUGUAGUUUUGUAGUGGUGUUGGUUGUUUUUUUUUUUUUUUCUGAAAUCAUAUAGCUGUGUUUGUUGGAGCAUUUUAUUCCUUAUUUUUAAAUUUGUCUUGUGUUUAGGGGAAGAAAGAGUUGCUUACAAACCUCCUGGUUUCAGCUUAAUGCACCACCUACUCAACGAGUCCCCAAUGUUGGAGCUAUGCCUGAGUGUUAUUGAAGAGGGAGUCACUCAGCUAGACACAUAUGCACCUUUUCCAGGUAACUGAACACUUCUAAUGUGGAAUUGAAUGUAAUUAAAACAAGCUAGACAUUUUGUAUGUGAUAUUUGCAUGCAGGCAUAGAAUAUACAUAGAUCACAGUACUAAAAUGAUGUUAAACACAUUUAGAAACAUAAAUAGUCAGAAACAUAAAGAAAAUGUCAAAUUUUGACCAAAAGAGAUGAACGUGAAAAAAUUAUUUGAAUCCACUGUGACUUCAAUUUUGUGGGCAUACAAUUUGAAAUUCCCAAUAAAAUGACUCUUUAAUGAGUCACGAGUUGCCCACUGCUUUUAUAUUUCAAAAGGUUUAAAAAUACAUCUGCAAAUUGUUAAACAUAUGCAAGUAUUCUCAUGUCUAUACUUUCUUCAUUUUUUUUUUUUUAUGACUCUUCUUGCCCUUCUUGGCUUAGAUAGGAAGCCUGUACUGUUUGCAUUCUUUCAAUACAUUUUUAAUGAGAAAAUAAAUUGCCUUAUUAUGAAGUGUGGUCAGAAAAACCUGAGAUAUGAAAAAUUUAUUUAACGCCCACAUACUACUUGUUGAAAAAGUUUUUUUUGUUUUUUUUUUGUUUAAGAUUUUCUAAAGCAGCACAAUUUAAAGUUGUAAUUUUUUUAUUGUAUCCUUUACAGAAAUGUUGGGUGGGUUGGGAAAUAAACUGGUGUAGUGCAAAUAUGGUACAUAUGACCUUGAAGAAUUUCACACAGCAUCUGAAAUCUUAAAAUAGAAGCAAAAUUUUAAGUUUUGUCAUAUGCAAUAGGAUUAACGAAAAUUAUUAAAGGGACACUAUAAUCACCUAAACAGCUUUAGAUGAAUGAAGCGUUUUUUUGUGUAUAGAUCAUGCCUUAAGUCUCACUGCUGAAUUUUCUGCUAUUUAGGAGUUAAACCACUUGUUUCUGUGCUUUACACAGACUGCUAUUUAAAAAUUUUUUUUUAAAAAUCACAUGUCAACUUUAAUAAAUACAGUACAUUUUGUAACUUCAACUUUAAUCAUACACAGGAGGCUCCUGCAAGGUCGAGCAAGCUAUUAACAGUGCAGGAGAUAAGAAAUCCUAAAUUAAACAGAAUUUGUAAUAGUGGAAGUAUAAACAUUAGAUGUCUCUUUACAUGAAAUGUUUAAGAAGACUGUGCAAGUUGCAUGUAGGGAGGUGUGACUACGACUGUAUAUACAAAGUGAUUUAACGCCUAAAUAAAAGGAAAUUGAGCAGUGAGACUGCAGAUGCAUUAACUAUACAGCAAAACUGCUUAAUUAAGCUAAAGAUGUUUUGGGGACUAUAGCUUCCCUUUAAAGGGACACUAUAGUCACCCAGACCACUUCAGCUCAAUAAAGUGGUCUGGGUGCCAGGUCCCCCAGGUUUUAACCCUUCAGAUGUAAACAUAGCAGUUUCAGAGAAUUUGCUAUUUUUAUAUUCCAGGGUUAAUCCAGCCUCUAGUGGUUGUCUUCCUGACAGCCGCUAGAGGCGCUUCUGCGACGCUGGAUGUGAAAAUCGCAUUCAGCGUGCAGAACAUCCAUAGGAAAGCAUUGAGAAAUGCUUUCCUAUGGACUGUUUGCGUGCGUGGCUCUGGCGCAUUCCCCUCCACUCGGGAGCUGACAUUGGCGGGGGAGGAGAGGUCACCAGCGCUGAGGGAGCCCGGCGCCAGAUAAAGGUAAGUUGCUGAAGGGGUUUUAAAACCUUCAGCCCUGAGGGUGGGGGGGUAGGGGGGCACCCACCCAAGGGUUAUAUAGUGUCAGGAAAACAGGUAUGUUUUCCUGACACUUUGUAGUUGGUUCUUCUACCAAUUGUGACUUCAUCUCAAUCCAGUAUGUUCAAUAUCUUAAUAAUGUGAAGAAAAAGAAUACAUUCACAAAAAUAGAGCCUCCAAUCAGCUCUUUGUUAAGGCUCUAAGUGGUACAAUCCCCACUCAGAGAUGAAACUGGAAUAAUGUGUUAUCUAGAUGUGCAGUUUUCCCAAUUUGCUCUAGCAGGUGUUCAUCCUAAUAAAUAUUAAGUGGUUUGCAAAAUCUUUCAGCCAAUAAUUGAUUUCCAUUCUUUUGUCCCGAGUAGAUAUCUAUCCAUAAGACUUCCCUUUCCUCUUAACAUACCAUUUGCAUUUGCUUAAUAUUUAGUUUAAAGUGUCGUUUGACAUACAAACCUACCCCUUCACCUUUCUUAUUUUUAUAUCCUUCUUAAAUGAUGUGUAACCCUUUUAAGUUAACUAUCCAGUUACGUGUUUCAUCCCACCAUGUUUUCGUUUGGUUUAUGCUAUUGGCUUUUGGUCCCUCAUUUUGUUAUUAAGGCUCAACGAACAAGCAUACAUUUAAUAUAGUCAUGUGCCACUUGUACUGUAUGUAGAUUUUUAUUGCAGAACUCCCCCCUCCCAACCACUAGUUUAAAUUCUCCUCCAACCUUAUAGCCAUCCUGGCCCUGCUACUGCAGAACCUCUUCUGAUUAGAAACAAUCCAUCACGUUUAUAGAAAUUGGGCUCUAAAAAGCGCAAAAACUCUUACAUCUCUGGGAUUGUAACUAUGCAUUAAUCUCCCUCAUCUCGUGCUGUCUUGCCAUUGUAGCACAUGGCAAAUGUAGUAUCUCUGAAAAUAAUGCUUUGGCGAUAUUUGUCUAAUUUCCUACAUGCAUUCUUGGGAGCCCCCAUUUUCCUCUGAUGUUGUGAUUGGUAUGUGUAUGGACCAUAACUGUUCCUCCAAGUAAUCAGUCAACUCCGGUCAGCAAUGUGCUGAACCCGAGCACCAGGGAGACAGCAAAUUGUCUGGUUGGUGUGAUCAGUCCAGCAGAUUACCCGGACUAUUCUCUUAAAAAUAGAGUCCACUACUACUGCAUCCUGUCUAGCCUUUCUUAUGUUAUCAAUCCCACCCAUACUUGCAUGGCUGUUCCCUCAGAUUUUUGGACAGAAUUCUCCAUUACAGCUACUACUCAUCUGUUAAUGAAUCGACUAAAACCUUUAGUGCAAUCUUUAUUCUUCAUGAUGUUGCCAUAUUCCAAUAUAUUAAAGAGUCCAUGCCCUCUGUUAAUGAUAUUUAAAAGUGGUUUCAUAGAGUCAAUAUCCACUAUAAUGAUUUAUGCUACUGUUCUGAAAUUACACUGAUGAAAGCUUAGUCUGUGAUUUGAAUCUUCUAUUUAUCAGGGAAGAAGCAUCUGGAAAAGGCAGUCAUAUACUGUAUCAUGCUCCUCAAUCUGACUCUGCAGAAGGAAAAUAACUUCAUGGAUUUGCUAAGGGAGAGUCAUCUCUCUAUGAUUGUGACCCCAGUGGAACAACUUUUGCAGGGAAUUAAUCCCCGCACCAAGAAGGCAGACCACAUAGUGAAUAUUGCAAGGUACGUGUUAACAGCAGCAGCAGCAGCAUUGGCAAACAAAUUCUUAUUACUGGGAAAUGUUUAUUUACCGGGAAUUUAGUAACCAAGACUAAACUGGACCAUUGCAGACCAAUAGCCUCUUCAGAUUCAUAAGUCUGCCACACAUAGUUGGAAAACUAAUUACUUUACGUUUGUAGUUAUGUUGAAAUACCAACCAAAGGAAAGUUUGUGUGCUGUCACUGCUGUAUUAUCCCGGUGUGUCAGGAACAUUCUAUUCAUUAAUACAGUCUAGCCAAGACAGCAUCUUUAUUUACGACUUUUAAAGCGGCACUGUCAUGCCGAAUCCUGUUUUUUUGUUGUUUUUUUAUCCCCCCUCUGGCCUCCACUACAUCUGACACCCUAGUUACCCCCCACAUUACCUAUUUUUUUAUCUUUAUUUUCUGCCCCGAUCUUGAUUCAUGAAGUCCCUGUGGGACACGUCAUCUGCCCACACUAGAUAGCACUGAGAUUCCCGCACAUGCCCAGUGAAACACCUGGACAUGCGAACGGGAAUUUCAUCCAUUCAUUCAUUCAUUCAUCAGACAGACGAAUGAGUGAAUAGAAAUAUCAGCCGAACAAACUGACACUGAAUAUCAGUGUUCGUUUGUUCGUUCAGUUUAUUACAAGGAGGGAGCUACCAGGGCGGCGGGUGGGGGCCAAAUGAUAAUGAGGGGGGACCUACUGCAUGCUUCUAUACAAAUCCAGACCUCUCCUGGCAGGCUGCUUCUAAUUUUACUGCUAAGUAAUCCAAGCCAUGGUUGUUGAGCAUCACAACAUGUCCAAGACACCCUUGUUGGACAGGGAUUUUAAAGAUAUUUGCUUCUCAUCUUGACUGAGCUCAAUGCAGAUUUUUUUAAACUUUUUUUACUUUAAUGGAACAAUUCAUUAAAAUAAAAAAUGCAAUUGAAAUAACGAAAAUAAGUUAUUUUUUUUUUAAAUUUUUUUUUUUAAUUCUUUAUUUUUGUAGUGCGUAAGUUUGUAACAGUCGCUUGAGAGGUACCCCAAAGGCAAUCCUCUGGCGCAUUUCAAACAAUAAGGCAUAGAGGUACUUGUUAAGGCUAGCACAUUUUUAUACAUAAAGAUUAUUACGUUGCGUAAUAUACAGUGUGUAUUAUCAUUACUUAGUCUCUUACAUAACAUAAAAUAGCUUUGUUGAUAAUGGGGGUAACAAUCAGGCUGGGGCGAGGCAGUAUGAAACUGGGGUAGUUAGGGUUAAACACUCUCUUCCUGGAUUCUGGCUACACAGGGUUAUGCGGUAAGUGUAGUGACAAGUGCGCUAAGCUAGAUGACAAUUCUGUAUUUUUCUCGUGCUUGAGAUAACUUACAGGUUGGGAAAUGCCACAGUAGCUGUAACAAGUGCAAUAGUGACAACCGAUAGUGGUCAGAGAUAUGAUGGUUUGUCGGCUGCACAUUUUUAAUAUUUAAACGUUGGUUCUGAUGGUAUGCAGGGGAGUCGGCUAGCGUGGCGACAGGUUACAUGCAGUGUGCAAUGGGUAGUCUGAGUAUUGUCUUGCAGGUUCUCCCUGCUGCUAGUGUAUGCCAUAUCUAGGUGUCUCUACCUGGGCACCGUACGUGGAGAUCGUCCAGUGGAGGGUGUCUAGAGGCUUGUAGUCUGCCAAGUGGGUUAGUGUCCCCUGUGACCCUGGGGUGGGGGGGUGCGGGUGUGGGGACCAAGUGAUAUACCUGCUCCCUGUGUCCUGGUCUCUGUCGGUGGGCUACGUGGGUGCGGAGGUUAAUGUAGCUCAGUGGGCUUUUCGCUCGGGUUUGGGAGCGCGAUAGUGUCCCGAGGUCGGUCCCUUCAAGGCCUAUCAUGGGAUGUCUAGGGCAUGGGAUGUGAGAGCAUAUCAGACAAUCAAAACUGAAAAUAGAAAUGCUAAUAAUAAUAAUAAAAACUAUGCAAACAAAAAAUACAGGAAAAAACGGCCUCCUCAGGAGAUCAUUGGUAUACAAGACCGUUCAGCCGGGUUGUCAGUCCUGUAGUUUCAGUCCUGCAAUGAGGAAGAACGUCCCGGUGCGGGUGCUGGGCCCUCACGUGGUCACUGUUGCAUACUCGGGUUUCCCCGUUCCCCGUGGGAUGAAAGGGAUUGUCUUCGCUGGAUCCCAUCUCGGAACCGUUGCUGACGCUUCCUGUGCAGUAAUGGGCGGAAGCCCCUCUAGAGGUAGGCCCAGCAGGCGCAGUAAAGCGGGUGCUUCUUGGAUGUCCGAAAUGGAGUAGGCCUUGUUAUCUUGUUGAAUGUGUAGAGUGUGUGGCGUGCGCCAGCGGUAGGUAAUCUGCUUCUCUCGGAGCAGCUUGGUGACGGGCAGCAUGGACCUGCGCCACUGCAGAGUUUCCCCUGACAGGUCCGCGUAGAAAGACAGGACCAUCGAUUCAAAGCUGUAGGUGGCUGCUCCCUUCAGGGCCGCGAGUACUGCCAUUUUGUCGGCCGCGCUUCUGUACUUCACCACCAGGUCUCGGGGGGCUGCCUCAGGGGCUCUCCGGGGUUUUGGGACCCGGAAGGCCACUUCGAAGCCGAUGUUCCUGGCUUGCUUAGGAGUCAAUAGGGCUCCUGUGAGCCUCCGUAGGAGAUGUGGGAUUUCCUCUGCAGGUAUGUCCUCCGGGAUCCCGCGGAUCUUUAGGUUAUUGCGGCGCCUGUCGUCUUCUAUUGCCGCGAAGCGUUGGUCAGUUUUGGCCUGCUUUUGCCGUAGUGCCUGCAAUUCCCGCCUGAGCUCUGUUAUUUCUUGUGCUUGCCGCGUGGAGGCUAUUUCAACUGCAUCGAUACGGCCUACCAGGCCCGUGAGGUCUGUGCGUAGCUGUGCGACAUCGGCCUGGAGGGUUUUCUGCAAAUCUCCUAAAAGAGUCUUCAGCAGCACCGCCGUCACCGGUUCUGCAGCCGCAAUGCUUGGUGCUGGUUGUUGGGGUCUCCCUGGAGGGAGGAUAGCAGCUUCCUCUGGGAAGAAAUCCCCCGAGGAGUCAGAGAAUUCGUCGAGGUCGGUGGCCAUCUUGGGGCCGUAUGCACCUUGCACUUGGGUGAAGAGAUCCCUUAUGCUGGCCCCCUGUUUGGGUCUGUCCGGUUUUUGUUUCUUGGUUUUCUUUCCCAUUGUCGUUAUGGGUUGCUUGAGCGUUAUUAUCAGCAAUUAGGUGGCCGAAAAUCGUCAGUUUGCUCUGGGUAAACACGGAGCCCAUCUACCCUGCGUCCGUUCAGGUCGGCUGCCAAGCUCCGCCCCCGAAAAUAAGUUAUUUUAAAUGUAAAUUAAAUAUUAUUUAUUAGCUCCUAUAGAAUAAACUCAUCAAAUCUGAUUCAAACUGUCAACUUAUGCAUUCAUUUUCGAGGGACAAAAUCUCUCACCAAGGUAUAUGUGGUGAAAAAAAGAAGCAGCCCACAAUAUAAAAUUAUAUUUUUCUGUACAUAAAAACCUUAUAUAGUAGAGUCAGGUAUGUUAUUCAGCAUCCAAGGAUGGUGCACUGGUCUUUUGUUGCCUACUAAAGUAGGACACCACUUUCCCUUUCUAGGCAGACUUUAAGAAAACCGAGUGCAUACUAACCACACUCUGCUUGGCAAAUUUAAUCUGUUUUAUGAUGUUAUGUGUGAUAUAUCUUACUUUUGUUGUGUCCAGGUCCUACAAAGGCAUUGAGUAAGAUGUGUCCCCAGUGCAUGCAUUGGUCAGAAGUAUACCGUUGCAUACAAUGUGUGAAUGUGCAGCAUGAAAAUAUAUUUUUGUUUUCUUUAUCUACAGGUAUCUUGGCCAUGGCAGCUGCAAUCCAGAACUUGCUUUUGAAAGUGCAAAGCUUUUGUGUAGCAUCUCACGUAAUGCCAACAUCCACACAAAACUUGUGGGAGACUUCACCAGAGACCAGGUAAAAAGUAAUUAGAAAGCAGACUGGUAGUUUGACUGAUGCGUGUGGAUGCUACACUUUUAUAGUUUAACAUAAAUGUUUUGCAUUGUUUUUUUCCCAGUACAAGUAACUGCAAUAUAAAAUGAAUAGUUUAUGCAAAAAAUACAGCAGUUCUUGUGGUCCAUCAUUUGCAGUGUAAAAUGUGCAAUCUUUCAGGCAUGGGUUACUUGGUCUUCAUAGAAAGUGAGCUGUUGCCCAUCUUUUGAGAGAUUUUACUUUUAUCUCUUUUGAAUUCAACUUGUUUGUAUCUUGAUUCCUGCAGACUGUGAGUCAGAAGCUGAUGGUCGGUUUUGUAGAGUGUUUAGAUAGUGAAGAAUCUAGCGAGCCUCUGAAACUUGAUGAAGGUGGGUUUUCUCUAUUUCUACUUAACUGCUCUGUGGACGUUUCUGUGAGCAAACCAUAUGUACCCUUUUCAUUGCACCUGUACAUAUGACACAGUUGCUUGUGAUACUACUUGUGAUACUACUUUCUACCUUCUCCAUGCUUUGUAGUAUAUGUAAAUACUCUCUCCUUUUGUCCUCUAGACAUGCAAACUGAUAAUAAAGAAGUAACGAUUCAGCACAAGACAAAAAUCAACAUCCUUAAUUUAUUGAUUACCUCAUUGGAUAUGAAACCCCCAAAUUUGGCUCUAUACCUUCUAGGCUUUGAGCUGAAGAAACCAGUGAGCACCACCAACUUGCAGGACUCUGGUAUGUACCAGUAAAGAAUAUUUCUGUGCAUGAGAGGGAACUUGUGUAUAUUAUUGUGUUGUGCUUAUCACUUGAUUUAUGGAAAAUGAAAAAUAUAACUACAUAUAAAUCCAUUGAAAAUAUGUAUAUGGUAGCCAAGAAGGUGUCUGGUGAAAUAUUUUAUAUCCCAUUAAAUAUUUACGCUUGCUAAACUGGAAACAUGAUGCAUAACCAAGCUUACAUUGUUUGGCGCUCAUCUAUAAUUAAAGGAUCACUAUAGUGUCCGGAAAACAAAGCGGUUUUCCUGACACUAUAGUGGCCUCCGGGUCCCCCUCCCAUGGCAUUGAAGGGGUUAAAACCCCUUCAUCCACUUACCUUAAUCUAGCGCCGGGCUCCCUCUGCGUUGGUGACCUCUUCUCCCCUGUCCGUCACUGGAGCCGAAUGCGCAUGCGCGGCAAGUGCUGCGCGCGCAUUCAAAAUGUGUCCAUAGGACAGCAUUUCUCGGUGCUUUCCUAUGGACGCUCUGUUUGAUGGAGUCGAAAUUUGCCUCCAGCGUCGCAGAUGCGCCUCUAGUGGCUGUCUGGAAGACAGCCACUAGAUGCUGGAUUAACCCCAAAUGUAAACAUAGCAUGUAAACAUGAGGGACCUGGAACUAUAUGACUAUAUAUAGUGUCCCUUUAAAUAUGUUUUAAAUCCGACAUCAGUAUGUAAAGUAUUAUGACACCGGGUGCUGUGUGUGCAUCUAAUGCUUUUCUGUGAGAAGCAGUGAGUGCAGUACUUCUCAUAGAGAAGUAUUGUAUUUGUAAAUGGUGACGAUUGCUGUGCAUGUGCCGUAGGUCACUGUGAUAGCCUUUGAUUUGACUAAAGUCAAAAUUGAGAACUUCAAAGAAGUCUUUCCUGGUGCUGGAUUACAGGCAUGUAUAAAUAAAUAAAAAAUAAACUUUUUGAAGAAGUUCCCCUGUAUCUAAACUGUAUAAAGGAACACAUAGGACUAAAAGAAAUACAUUUUUAUUAGACUGUUCUUUUAAAGGGAUUCUAUAGUGCCAGGAAAACAAAGCCGUUUUCCUGCCACUAUAGAAUCCUACAGUGCCCCCCUGCUGCGGCGCUGAAGGGGGUUAAAACAACUUCAGUCACACAAAGACAUGCCUUCUUGUUUACCUGCACAACCCAUACCACACAGUUAAAAACAGGGUAGGUCAACAGUCGCCCAACUCUCUAGCUAUCCUCAAUUUGCAGUUACCUGUUUCUAUGUGUAGUGACAAUAGGGAUAGGAAAGGUGACUGUCUUCGCCUCUACCUAAAACUGUGCACACGUCACAAUUACCUGAGCUGUACACUGCACUAUUAUUUAGCUUUAUUUUCUGUAUUAAUAUACCGUUUUCUCUAUCUUUAAACGAGGGUACCCUGUUUAGAAUUCCCCCUAUAUAUAGGUGACAGACAUAUGUCGUCCCGAGACUGAAAUUUGCACGACUCUGCACUAUUAUUUAGUGGUUAUUACAUAUAUGCAGAUGUAAACCUUCCUGGAAUCCACUUUACUGUACAUCACCUUGAAUACCUCCAAUGUUCAGCUGCUUACUAUAAUUUCAAAGUUCUUUCUUGUUGAUACUCUUCACAAAAUCUUAAAGAAUGUCAUUAAAAAACAAAGCCCUUCAGUCACUUACCUGAAUUCAGCAUCGAUGUCCCUCGGUGCGGAGUCAGACCUCCACCUACACUCCACAGACCUAAUGUGCAUGCACAGCAAUGGCUUUGCUCGCAUUAGGAUUUCCCCAUGGGAAAGCAUGCUUUCCUAUGGGGAAAAAUCUGACGCUGGAGGUCCUCAUACAGAGUGUGAGGAUAUCCAGCGUCAGAUAACGAACCAUAGGCCCAUUUCAAACCAGGAAGCCCUCUAGUGUUUCUCAAUAGCUGCAAUAAUUGCUAUUGCAGGGUUAAGGGACAUGGGACAUUACACCCAGAGCUGACGUGGUCUGGGUGCAUUCUGUGUCCCUUUAACCCCUUAAGGACCAAACUUCUGGAAUAAAAGGGAAUCAUGACAUGUUACACAUUUCAUGUGUCCUUAAGAGGUUAAGGGACUAUAUGAAUGUAAUCAUAACAAGAACAUAUAUUUGUAGAAUGGAAUGUAAAUAUGCCUUUUUGUUAAUGCAGGCGUUUUGGGAUGCCCUCGAACGUGCCUCCACUCCAUACUUGAUAUCUUAGAGAAGGGGACGGAAGGUCGAUCGGGCCCCAUUGCAGUUUGGGAUUCUCCACUGCUUGCUGAACUGUGUUAUGAGGUAUGAUACCGCCUUUAAACUCCAAUUUACUGAUCCUUUAUUAUCCUUAUUAUUUUUCUUGCUAGGACACAGUGCACAGUUUGCGCCAAAUAUGGCAUGUUACUGUAGGUAAUAGAAUUUAAUCUGCUCAUCCUACUAUCGAGGAGUACUUCUCUGUCAUAAAUGGAGCAUGCAGGGUUUGGCACCUGAACAGUGAGUUGUGAUGGUUUGAGAUUAGAAUUUCAAAAUGUAGAGUAUAGCCAAACUGGAAAAUCUUAAAUUCGUCUUGGUUGUGGAUUUCUUUACAACUUUUUUUUGAGAAUAUUUUAUUUAUUUUAUAAAGUGGCAUAAUCUGCAGGGUAAUGCACAACAUAAACUUCUAGUGUAUAAGAAGGAGUCCAUACAAAGUUGCUGUUGAGGUCUGCACUUCUUAACACCACUAGCUCUGUUAUAACUUACAUUUUGCAACUAUUCUCAAGUUUCACCAACAAAACAUGUGAAUGACAGUCUCUUUGAAGCAACUGGAUGAGUACUUGCAAAAAUAUAAUAUAUUCAGGGAUAUAACUUUUAAUAUGUGCGGUAACAGGUUCUUGAUCCAAGGAUAGAUCUGACAGCCAUUCUCGCUCAACAAGAAAUUUAUUCCUAGUUUGUUGGAAAAUUGGAAAACUUUUCAAACUGAGUUUUUGCCUUCUUUGGAUCAACAGCAAAAACAGAUGUGAGAAAAGCUGAACUUGGAAAUCUCUCUUUUCAGCCUGAGUAACUAACUAUAUUUGGAAAUCACUACAAAUGUUUAUUUUUUUUAUCAAGCGCAUACAUGCAUAGGUUUCAAAGUUUGAACCAGAUGGAGUGUUUUUAUAAUCUAGAUUACUCGAAAGUGGACUUGUGAUCAAUAUGCGUGUUCACUAUAAUGUCUGUUUAGUGUAAAAGUUUAAAUUUGAUCAUGCUUACUGUUACCGUAAAUUAGAAAGAGACGACAGCAUGGGUGCAUGACACUUUACACAUGUUUUGUUUUGGGGAAAUUCACAGACCACACAUGUCUUAACUACUAAGUACCCCAUAUUUGUAUUCUGCUACUGUUCUUGAUUACGAUACAAGUGCUCUACCCCAACAAAACAAAUUUAUGGAUAGGAUAAAUGUACUUAGGUAAGUACGGUACAAACAGCUUCCCAAGAGGCCUUCCCCAGUAACGCAUCUGUUAUGUCAGAGGAAUAAUACAAAGAUUGCGAUGCAGCUAGAUUCUAAAACAUAAAAACAAACAAUAUAUAGUUAAUAGAUUGCACCCACAAGAUAGAAAUUCAAGAAGCGCUUCAAAGCCCAGACCAAAGCUACAAUGGUCCGCUCUCCACCUUAGGUAGUAAUGGAUAGUCAGCAGGCACAGGAACUUCAAAGGACGAAGUCAGGGAUCAGGUACAAAUUGGGUAUUUAUUAGGCCUAAAACGCCUGAUUAAAAGUAUAUAAUAAAACAAAUAUAAAAGUAUAAAUAAAUUAUUGAUACUUUUGUAUUUGUUUUUAUUAUAUACUUUUUUGUAUUUGUUUUUAUUAUAUACUUUUAAUCAGGCGUUUUAUGCCUAAUAAGUACCCAAUUUGUACCUGAUCCCUGACUUCGUCCUUUGAAGUUCCUGUGCCUGCUGACUAUCCAUUACUACCUAAGGUGGAGAGCGGACCAUUGUAGCCUUGUUCUGGGCUCUGAAGCGCUUCUUGAAUUUCCAUCUUGUAAGUGCAAUCUAUAAACUGCCGUGUCUCAUAGUUAAUACUAUACAUCACUAUGUAUUGUUUGUUUUUUAUGUUUUAGAAUAUAGCUGUAUCCCAAUCUUUGUAUUAUUCACUUGAGUACGAUACCCCACAUUUAUACCUUUGGCCAUAAUCCUACCAUUAAUUUAACCCCUUAAACAAUUUAUACUCAAACUCCUAAUCCUUCCUCUUAAUCCCACUCUGUUAUCCUACCACUGAGAGAGUCCCUCUGCUGACAUUCUUACAGCAGAGGGAUUUCCCAACCCAAACCGUACAGAGUUCUCUGUGAGAUCUCCUCAUGCUGCAACUCCUGGGCUGCCAUAGCACAUCUGUUACUCUGUGUAAUUAUAUUCUCAAUAAAAAUACUUGUAGCUUGUAAAAUGUAUGAUUUCCUUUUUUUUUUUGUCUGUAAAGUGAUACCAUGUGGUUUUUGCAGAGCUUAGUUUUACAGACCCUUCACUAACUUUUUUUCCCCUUAUUCUCAGGUAAUAUACCAGCUGUGUGCCAGUGCAGAAACCUCUGGGCCCACUAUGCGAUACCUACGGACGAGCCAGGAUUUCUUGUUUUCUCAGCUCCAGCAUAUUCCCUUUUCUAUUAAAGGUAAUAAAAAGGAAAUAAUGAUUGCACAUCUCAAAGGGUGCUGCUACAGUACUGCUAUAUGGGCAGUAGUAAUCAUGAAAACAUCUUCAUUACAUGAACAGUAGUUGAGGAUGGAUUUAUGACACACAGGAUCUGAGGGACUCCUGUUUGUUAUUUUCAAUAACAUUGAAAGCGGUACUGCCAGCAACAUAAAGCUGCCACCAUUACUACAACAGGCUGUUAUAGUGAUUAACCUGCACCUCUAACAAUUGCAUUCAUUGUUUCUACCUUUAAUCACUUUAUAACAAGAGGUUAGGUAAAUUUCAUUGUAUUAUCAUUUAUUAACUGUUCGGUUUGAAGAGCCUAAAGGCGCUAAUGUAUCACUUUUGUAUUUCACGGAGUACAUAACUAUCAAUUGGAUUACUAUAGUGUUUAAUGUUGCUGCUAUUAUAUUUCCUGCAUCCCUAGAACAUGAAAUCUCUGUCAUGAAUCAGAUGUCUUGGCUAAUGAAGACUGCAUCCAUUGAACUACGUAUCACAUCCCUGAACCGUCAGCGCUCCCACACACAGAGACUAUUACACCUUCUCUUGAAUGACAUGCCAAUGAAACCAUAUGCAGGUCUGUAUUAUUUUAGAAAGAAAAUAUGCCAAAUCUAUCUGUAAAAUACAAUAAUUUUCCAGAAGAUUUUUGAAGCAGAAGAAUUCUAAUAAUUCCUAGAAUUGUUUUAAUUUAUAUCUAUAUUGAAUAUUUAGCAGGUUCUAAUAAAUUCUAAUUUAGACAAAGACAGGGCAAACUUUGCAAAGUCGGAGGAUGACAUAUAGAAAUAUUGUCUGUUUUGAUUACAGUGCCAAUCCAACCUCUAGUUGCUGUCUCUCAGACAGCCGCUAGAUUGUGCUUCCUUGUUCUUAGAGCACAAAAAGUGUUUUAAACGCUCUGCAUGUGGACGUCCAGCAUCGCCGGAAUUCCCAUAGGAAAGCAUUGAAUAAUACUUUACUACGGGAGGUCUAACGCGCAUGCGCGGACAUUGCCACGCAUGCGAAUUAGGUCUCCCCCGCCGGUGGGCGGAGUUGAGCCAGCGCCGAGGGACAUCGUUAUUAACCCCUUCAGUGCCACGGGAGGGGGCCUUAACUAAAGGUGAAGCUAUAGUACCAGGAAAACAAGUGUUUUCCUGGCACUAUAGUUUCCCUUAACCACACUUCCAACAUCCAUUAAAACAAAUUAUAAAAGGUGGAGGAAACAACCUGGUGAACCAAAGGGAACUGGAGUUACCAUAAUUUAGAUAUAUUUAGUGACCUACAUAAAUGUACUACUUUACUGCUUAACAAAUUCUUUAGAUACCUCCAGAUACUCUGUUUUAUCCAGCACAACCCAGGUAGGGACGAUUCCCCCCAAUCCCAUUUUGUCCUCACUAGUUACUCUUACGACUAAGUGUGUAUUAGCAAAAUUUAGCAUUUCUCUCCUAAUUAAGAAUUACCUAGGUACUUGUAAAUGCAGAAAAAGGUUUAAAAAAAAAAAAAAAAAAAAAAGUUGAAAUGUACGAUAAGUCUGAAUGGCCAUUCUCUUUUCGCAUUCUCAGAUGUCUAACUCACUGCACUUCACAUUUAGAAUUACAGUACAAAGUAAUUGUGAGAUGCUAUCUAGUCCUGGCUAAACAUCAACAGAUUUAUGGAGCAACUAUUAACACUUGCUGGAGAGGCUGUGGGGAGCUAGAAACGAUGGCUCGCAUAUGAUAGAAAUGCCCCCUGAUCACACUCUGAUGGAAUAGUAUAGAUUUGUGUGAUGCCCAAUGAGACAUAGAGUAGGUCCAGAUACAGGAAUUCUGUGCACAUUUUUCCAUCCAGCAUGUUGAAACCCCUCAAGCAACGGCUUUGCCAUGUCUCCAUAGCUGCAGAAAAAACAGUCACUCAGUGGAAUACUACCACAAUCCAAUCCCUUUCUCAGGUGUCAAGAAUACUGUUCAAGUGGUUUCUUCUGUGAGACCUACUCCCAUGCCCUAUUUUCUAACUAUAUUCCAUAAAAUCUGAGAUACUCUUUGAAGGGGGGUGGGGAAUGGAGUUGGAUCGAGGAGGGGACAAGCGGAGAACUUUACAUGAGUUGUGAGACAGCAGACUAAAUGUUUUCUUUUCAUGUAUGAGUUAUUGUUUGUACUUUUUAUGUUUCCACUUGUUAUUCUGGAACUAACGUCCGUAUCACCUCAGAUAAUACUAAGACACAUUGUGAAUUGACCGUUGUACAGAAAAUUGACCUGUGUUAAUUUAUAACUGAACUGCCUUUGCGUAUCCCAUUAUGAAUGUAGAUUCUCAAAUACCUGAUUGUGAGGUGAUCACCUCUAAAAAUUAUUGAUCAUUACGUUGUACUUGAUCUUUAAACCUUAAAUAAAAUUACAAUUGGUAAAAACAGUUUCCUUAUUACACAAACAUUCCACUGCAACAACUACUUAAAGUGUUGUGUUGGUAUCCACUAGCUCCCCGUAUGCUUCCAAUUUCAUCUAGAUAAGAGUUGUGCCAAAUGCAUUUCUAUGCAAUGUAACAGACACAUUUCUGGCACUGAAAGAGUUAGUCCCUGGAAAAUCAGAGAUUUUUUUUUCCAUUUAAAUAUCAAAUUAGAAUUUAGCUAUUAAAAAUGCAGAGUGCACUUAGUAGAAAAAAUACACCACUUAAAGUAAACCCAGAUUUAGAAUUUAGCUAUUCGUUGUACUAAUGUUUGUUUGUUUUUCCUCACUUUGAAAUAUUUCUCCAUUCCUACAGCAGAUGGAGAAGGAGGAUUAGAAGAAGAAAGCCGAGCUCUAAGUGGAAUCCUAAAUUUUGACACCACCUCAAAAGGUAUUUAUCACAAGGUUCUGUUCAUUUCCUUUGAGAUAUGAUGCCUCCUUUUUAAAACCUUCUAGAUCAUUCCUCCUAUAUAUAUCUUGGUAUUAAACUUGGUCACACAUUCUUUAUCCUCAGGAAGAUUUUCUUUUCGUUUCCUUUUCUGUUUGAUUCUUAUUUUUCAACAAACUUUUCCUUUCUAAACCUGUUACUCCAGAUUGUAUUGAACUGCAACAUCAAAUGAAUUUACCUUUUUUUUUUUUUUUUUUUUUUUACACCAUCUUCUUUAGUUUUUUUGUCACUCACAGUAACAUUGAUGUAUUAGAUGGCACUUAGGGGUGAAUUUAUGGUUCCUAGUAGCUUUCAUGUACAGUGCUUGCAUGCAGAUUGUGCUCUUGUGAAGGACAAUAAUGUUGCCCCUUUACGCAUAAGCAAAUUUGUCAUUGUGAACAACCAAAUACUAUAUUUUUUAUUUUUUUUUUAUUUACAGUACAAUGUAUAGGCAUAUUAAUUGUGACUGCUGGACAAUACGAUAUUUUUGAUGUAAAUGACACUUUAACUUCUCUAAAUCUUGCAGUUCGUAGAAAGAUUCUGAAGAUCCUAGACUCCAUUGACUUCAACCAAGAUAUCCCAGAGCCCCUGCAGUUGAAUUUCUUUGACCGUAAUCAAAUAGAACAUGUUGUUGCUUCCUGUGAACAAAAGGAUAGCAGAGGGCAGAUUAUCUGCAGUGUUAAGGUGAGCAGCCUAUGGUAGGUGUAUACGUACACAUAUAUAUAUUCUUGAUAGGUCAUUUUAUAGUAAUAUCUGUGGUUUUCAGUUUCUGCAUCGGGUUCUGGUGGCGGAGGUGAACGCCUUGCAAGGAAUGGCUGCCAUUGGACAGAGACCUUUACUCAUGGAGGUACAGAUUUAUUUAUUUUUUCCCAAAGAUAUCAAUCUGAUUUUAUUCAUGAUUACACUUUUGUUUACUAGCUUUUAUUUAUGUACAGAUUUGUUCAGGAAGGUAGCCACAGACCACAGAAAGAAUUAUACAAAACACGUUGUGUGGUAAUGACUCCCUUGCAAAACGUUUGUUGUAGAAGAGCAUAUAUGUCUUUGCAGGCCUCAGCAGAGUUGUUAGAUAACCUGGAGACAAGCUGCCCUAAUUUUUAAAGUCACAAAGUCAAUGUGCAAAUUUUCUUCAAGAUCCUGUAAAAAGGAUGACCAAUAUAAUACUGUAAGCAGACUAUCCUGUAAAACCACUUAUCUAUUAAUUUCUUAAAAACCCAUAACGUUUCAUUCUUUCUUCGCAAUAUGGUCUCUAAAGAUCCUUUGAUGGCAUGGAAUAUUUAGAAUCUUUCCGCUGCCCUGCUGAUGGUAAAUCACUGGUACCUUUCUAUAAUUUCUUUAAGACUAGAUUGUCAUGACAAAAUUGUCCUGCCUUUAUUCAUUGAGUAGAAAAAUACUUUUUUAUAUUGUUUUUAAAUUUUCAAUUAUAUUAAGAAUGUACUGCUGCUUUAUAUGUAUGGUAGAUGAUCGUAAAAAAAAAAAGACACAAUUGUUAACUUUUAAUAGAAUAGGCCAUAGAGUUUGAUCAAAAAGGCAUAACAACCAUAAAUUUAUAAAGGAUUAGCCAAUAACAAAUAUCUUAAAACAUUGUGUAACUUUUAUUUUAUUAAACUUCACCAAAUUACCUUUAAGUCCUAGAUGACCUGACUUUUAAAAUUAAAGCUUUCCUUUGAAUGUAAACCCUUCCCCGUUGCUUACAAAACACCACAACAAAUAACAUUCAAAUGGAAGAGAGGGGAUCUGUUUGUGCCGCUCUCACAUCCAAGGAAAAGGCUAACCGAUCUUAACGAUUUGAGAAACAGGGACAGAGGGAUUGAGGGACUUGCUCAAUGAGCUUACAUGCUAGAGAGAGUGGACUAUAAUGACACAAAAGAUAAGGGUAGGUUAGAAAAGUAGGUUGCUAGGAUAGUAUUUACUGAGGGCUUAGUGUUUUGUUUUGAUGACAAUUGCAGGAGACGAAUCAGGGUGCAAGGAGGGAAAACUGUUGACAGUUUAAUUGAUAUGCUUUCCUGAAGAAGUAAGUUUUCAAAGAUAUUUUGAUGGAGUGGAGACUGGGGGAUAGGCGUUCCAUAGGAAUGGUGCAGUUUGAGAGAAGUAUUUAUGCAUAUGCCACAGUGCAAAAUACCUAUACGCCUGAGUCAAUAAAAAAAUAUGAAUUGCACAAAUGGUUACGCUUCACACUUUUGCUUUAGGAAAUAAAUACUAUACUCCAAUAUGUUGUGGAGAGAAACAAGUUGCUGCAAUGCCUCCAUGCCAAACGUCACGCUCUGGAGUCCUGGAGGCAGUUGGUGGAGAUCAUUCUGACAGCCUGUCCGCAGGACCUCAUACAGGCUGAACAAAGACAACUUAUCAUUCGGGAUCUGCUUCAGGAUGUGCAUGAAAAGGUAACCUAGAACCAAGACUGGUGGUUGAUUUUAUCUGCUUAAAGUUAAUAUCUUAUUUAGUAUCUUAUUCACUAGUAAGUAGUUAAAAUCCUAUUUAGUAAGAUUGCCUAGGCCUGUAGAUUUGUUGCUUGGAGCAAUUCCCUAGACAGACCAUUGAGAUAUGCACAGUUAAAGAGUGUAUGUGGUUCAUCAUUUGUUCCUGCUUCUUAAAAACCUCCCCACAGGAGUGUUGGAGGUCCUUAAAGGCUCUCGGGAUAACUAACAUAUAUUGCUUUUAUGCUGUUGGUUUACAUAUUCUAUAUUCUGUAGAAGAAGUUAUGUUAAAGUGAUGCUGUAGGCAACCAGACCACUCCAUCCAAUUGAACUAGUCUGGAAGAAGUGCCCAUGUCCCCUUAAUCCUACAAUACGAAACAUUGUCUCACAGGCAACCACUAGAGGCACUUAUGGCAUUCUCCAAGAAACAAUGUUGAGAGAUUAGUAUUUUAAAGAGAGGGGUGGGAGUAUAGUUAUUGAUGGUCAAAGGGCAGAGACAGGCAUGAACCCAAUUGGUUAGAGAAUUAGAAAUGCCAGAAUACCCUGCCCAUAAAAGCAAAGAGAUAAAGCAAUAAGACCUUUAUUGUUAUCUACAAAAAAAAAAGAGUAUAUAUGUUGAUUGAUACGCGGUUGUAUUAAAGGGGUUUAACUAAAUAGGUAUAUAAUAAAAUAAAGAAAAAAUGUAAUAUUUACAAAUUAUGAGGGAAAGGAACUAAAUAAUGAGAAAUCAGAAGUAUUGGUUGAGACAGAACCCAAAUUACCAAACAAAUUGUUUAUUGUCUAGUAUCCUCAAGAAAUUGUGGUUCUGAAUCUCUCUGGUGCUGAUUUUACUUAGGACAUACAGGUGAUUAUAUCUCUGAGUCAAGCAGUGCAAUUUAUCUAAAGCACUGACACUAUGAGCUUCUACUAUUAACCUCUAAAGAGCAACAAUUUAUCUGGAAAGGUUGUUACAAAAAGAGGGAAACUCCACUAAGUUGCACUCUGCAAAGUCAUGGUACACCAAAAGUGUCACACCAAACCGUAAGAUACAAUGUUAUUAUGUUCAUGAAGAAAAAACUAGAGAAUACUGCCCAGUAAGGAUUCUAUUCUGUGCCUUCGAGGGCACCUGUGCUUGUAAAGUAAGCAAAAAGCUAACAAUUGCUAAAGAGAGCAGUUUUGGAUCAAUCUAGUUAUACCCGGACUGGAAAUGUGAUACUAUAUGUGAUAUGUCUUAAUUGAAGUCAGUAAGUAGAAACAUCAGUCUGGUCUCAGGUAACAAAUGGGCCUCGAUGCGUGUUUUGCCGGUAAGGUGGGUCUUUAGGGUGGUGGUUAGGCAGUAAGGUGUAAUUGGGUACAAAGUAGAUAACUAGAAAAAGGGUGAGAGCAUGGAGAGAUAUGACCUCCCUCUCCAGACAUCUCAGAUUAUACCACGAGAAUUAAGCCACCGGCAUUCGUUUUCUGGGCCUUGUGUUUAUACCCAAAUCACAGCGGAAGGGGGACUGGGACCAGAGGCUUCGACAGAAAGAGAGUCCUUCUGGAUUUAUCUGAGCACCAUGUCCCCCAUGGUUUAAAUGAGGGGGUUUCAUUCUCCAAUUCAUAUAAUCUGCAUCCUAUGAUGAAAUAUUAUCUAUUUUUUGUACCAUUUUAUUAUUAGGAUUAUGGUUUACACACUCUGUUUUCAAAUGAUUUUUGUUUUCUGGUAGCACUGUGUAAUACCUUUUAUUAGCUUUAUCAUUUUACUCUUGGUGACCAUCUUUUCAUUGGAAUUCUUUGAUCCUUAUGGGUUAAAUAACUUCUGUCAUAUCCUGGAUAUUAUUCCUCAUAGUUGGAAUUAGGGCAAUGAAUAAAGAAUACAAAGGGGCAUAUUGCUGACAUUGGGGGAUAACAGAUUGGAUGUGUUUUGUGCCCACUUUCAUUCUAUAGUGUCUCCACUAGGGGGAAUAAUGGUCAUGUAUAGGGACUCGUGAAUGUGGAUAACCCACGAAUCCAAACACUAGAUAACUAAAGCCCUAUAUAGCAUAUCAGACACAGACAAGUCCCUUCUUAAAUAGAAAUGAAAACAAAUAUAAACUAAACAACUUUAUUAUCAUAAUAGAUAUAAAUGAGACUAAAUUAGUCAGAAUAGGUUUAAAAAUGUGUAAAAGAAAAAAGACUUUCUGGAAGUAGGGAAUACACUUGACCCUCCUAUCAAAAUAAAUCUAGACUUUGUAAUAGCAGAUUCUACUAACAUAUCAUAAAAAUGAGCAAUUUGCCAGUGACCACAAUCAGGCUUCCCUGUUGACUAAGGGGCCAUCAAAAUGUAUCUUAAUUAUAAUUCUUGCAACAAUGUAACAAAAUGGAAAAUUUACUAAUUAAGAGACAGCCCCACUGGCAAUAUCCAGUCUGAAAUGUGUUCCAACCACAAUUAUAAACACUUAUCCUUAUGUCGAAAAAAAUAAUAAAUAAUUGAAUAAGAAGCCCCACAAUAGUAUAAGUAGUAUAGGAUAAGAGCGUUAAUGCUCUCGUUAUAAACUGCUACAAUUGCUUACCAGCAGUGUAGCUAACAACCAGGGCAAUCAAUCACCUUUACAGUUUAAGCAUACCUUAUCACCAGCUACCUAAUUAAAUCGGUAAAUUAAAACACUCAUAAUAUGCCCAACUGAAAAGUGAAUAACGUGCAUUAAAAAACAGAAUAAAUGGCCGACGCGUGCUUUGGCGCCACUAUUGCACAUUUGUCUGGGGCAGAGCCGUUUCUGCGCUACUAUUGCACAUUUAUCUGGGGCAGAGCCGUUUCUGCACUACUAUUGCACAUUUAUCUGAGGCAGAGCCGUUUAAGGAGCAAGGCAUUAAAAAAAAUACAUUCAAGUGAUCCUCUCACGACAGCUUAACUUUUAAUAACAAAAUAUGUUCAGUGUUAUUCUCAAUACCUUUGUUUGAUUGCAAAAGAUAAAAGCAAAACAUUGCAAAACCUUUACAUUUAGCUCAUAAUACAUGAAUAUUGAAAAUUCUGUUCAUCAAAAUGUAUAUAAUCAAACGGCAAAACAUUUUGUAACGGAUUCAGUAAGUCCGAUUCAAAUUAGAUUAAACAGGAAGCCGUAAAGAUGUAUUGCUGAAAUGGUUAGUUUUAUUACACUUUUUAUUUUUAUAAUUCCAUGCUAUAAUUACUUGUACAGAUACAAUAUAAAACUUCCAAAAUGGAAACAUGGCAUUCCUCUUACAAGGGAUGUAUUUUGUUUUGCCCAGUACUUCAUCCUCUUACUUUAGUUAAUAAUUUGAGAUGAGAAUUGAAUUUGGUGUAUAAAGAACAAAUCUGGGGUACAGUUCCUAUAGUGGAGCAAUACUUGUGGAAACCAAACGUGAUACUUUUAAUUUACUCAUCUUAUAUCUUUUUCAGAUCCUGGAUGAUGAUGCGGCACAUGAGUUAAUGCCAGUAGUUGCUGGCGUGGUAUUUACUCUCACUGCGCGUUUAAGUCAGUCCAUUCGCACUGAGCAGAAGCAGCCAAUAGCAGCUUCUGGAUUGAGUCAGACUCAGUAUGUCUCAAUGUUGGACGGUUCCUUCUUUGCGCCUUCUGGACCAGAAUCUAUAUCUGCUGGAUUUGCCUCAAUAGGGGACUCUUCAUUGCAUAUGAUUCUGCGAAAACUGUUGGAGUUCAUUCUAAAGACAGGUGUGUAUUCGUUUGCAUUACUAACCUUCCAAGCAACAACCCCACAUUCUGUAUUUAACCUUGGUAGACCUAUCCCCUAAUACAAUUAUUGUAAGGGAUGUCUUAUGCAUUUAUUUGAAUCUGGUAUAUUUAUUUGAUUUUUGAAUAACUCUGUUCUAAGCCAGGAGUUAGGGGAGGGGGAAAAUGAUAGAUCUCUAGAUGUUACAGAUCUACACAUUUUAUAAUGCUUUGUUCUAAAAGCGGUCAAAACAUAAUUUGACCUGUAGUUCUACCUUGUGUGGGGAUCUACUUUUUGGAGCAAUCUUUUCUGAUUGACAAACACAUUUUGGAUGUUUUGUAUGGAUGGAUUAAUUUUAUUUUGGACCCUGUGAUUAUAUAUAAAGUUCACAUUAAGCACAGAAAAUUUAUAUAUUUUACAGUUAGGGCAUUGCAUGAAAUCAAUCAACUUGAUCAAUGCAUCAUUGAAUUAUGUAGAUCUGUACAUUUUUUUUUCUUUCAAUCAGCUGGUGACAUUUACUACAUCACCCGAUGUAAAAGUAAUGAAGAAAAAAUCCUUGUAUUAGUAGUAUUUAAUAUACAAUAAUUACAAUAUUACAUAAAAAAGACAUAUUAAUUAAUAAAGAAUACACUCUGCAUGGGAUCUUUUUAAACCUUUAUUUAUUUAUAUUUUAUAAGUGUUCUGAGAUCAGAGACUUUUCACAUGACUCUUUAGGCAUCACUUCCUUCCACAUCGCAGGAGAAACUAGAGGAAGAUCAUAUAUUUUGUUUCUGCAAUGAAUAUAUUUAUUUUCUAUUACCGGUAUGUGGUGCAUUGCACAAGUGAAAUUAAUUACAUCUACCCUCCCCGAGUGAAUGUCCAUGUAUACAUUUGUUAUGCUUAGAAAACUAAAUAUAUCACCUAGUGCAGAUACAGGUUAAUACAGAAAGUGCAACGGUGCAGAAAGUAUAUUUUUUUAACUGUGUUCAGUUUUUGACAGCUUGUCAUGGUGUUCAAACUAAUGUCAAACCCUUUUGGCGAUACAUUGGCAUGUGUAGAUUUAAUAAUGUCCUGUGAAAGACUUUAUUAUGUUUCAUAGAUGUAAAUAUAUAAUAUUACUAGCAGAAUUAACAUUAAGAAUAUUUGCACACACUAUGAGCAGGUGGCGGAUACCAACGUGUACGAGCACACUUGUAUGGAUCACUGCUAUAUUAUCUUCAAAUUGCACAAAAACCGGACGAGCCUGACACUUUGGAAACAGGUUGGUGGAAAUUUAUUCCAAGAAAUAUUUGAAAUAUUUUAGUUUAUGUUGUCUGCUUUGAAAGUUCACACAAUUUAAAAAGAAAAAAGUAAAUUAAAAAUAUAUAUAUAUAUAUAACUAUUAUGUGGAUAAAUAGCUUUUGCAUCAGUUUUUCUGCUUGUAUCUGUUAACUUCUAGAGUAUUGUAGGAUAGCAUAUGUUUUGAAUUAUUUUUUAUUUUAUUUUUUUGUGAUGCUAAGUCAGAUUUUAUGCUGUCACACUUAAUUCAUAGAUAUCUGCUGUACCAAAGUUAGCUGUCUGUGUCAGACUCCGUUUUUUUCUUUUUUAUGUACAGAUUUACUAAAGAGUGAUUACUGUUUAACAUUUGUCCUUAUUAAUAAAAAAAACUGUGCUUUUCAAUAUUACCAUUAUUUCACUACUAUAUUUUUAUUAAGCUACAUUUUUAAAAUGUAAACACUUUAUUUUAGUAGACAUUACAAAGUUGUGAUAGCACUGGAUUUUUAUAUAUUUGUUUACACUCAUCCUGAGAAAAGUCUCUAUACAAUACAACGUAAACAGAGCUUAAAGCAGUUCUGUCACUUUUCCGAUUUUCGCAAAUAUAUAAUUUCUUUGAAAUUCUGACACAAUCGACAGAUACACAUGAGAUGAAGUGGGGACUACUUUGUUUCAUAUGAUUGCCAAUCUGUGUCACUCUUUGGUAAAAGGUGACCAUCAAUUGCAAUGGUUUGCGGCAAGAGGCAUCAUCUUGAGUGAUGCUCAAUAGAUGCCUAUGGUGCCUUUUUAUGCAUGUGCGAGACAAUCUGUGGAAGGUCUUGCCGAUUGUCUCACACAGCAGCAACAUCCUGUUUUGGACUCUAGCAUGCGCAAGACUACAGCAUUGAUGACCACUCAUGCCAUGACAUCUCCACACAACUAUAUGUGUCACCUUGUGGGGUCUUUGAAACAAAUGCAAAACCUCAAAAGUAACAGUGCCACUAUAACAAUAUGUUGUCACACUUAAAAGAACACUAUAGUCACCAGAACCAUUACAUAUUAAGGUAGUGAUUCUGGUGUCUAUAGCCUGUCCCUGCAGGCUGUGCACUGUAUAUGCUGCCUUUUCAUAAAAAAGGCAGGGUUUACAUUGCUGCCUAGGAACAUCCGACGACCACUAGACUCGCCACUAGACAUGUUCUACAUGGAGGCACUGAAAUUUACCAUAGAGAUAAAUAUAUGCAAUGGAUCUCUAUGAGGAGAUGAUUGGCUGAAGGGGGUCACCUAAAUAGUUAACAUGAUAGUAUCAGUAAUACAUAUUUGUGUUCUUUAAGAACCAGUUGUAUUUAGACAUUUGUAAACAAAUACUGGUUUUGGAGAGUUCUGCAGAGAGUAUAUAUUUCACUUACGCUAAUUUUAUCUAUAUUGAAUAUAUUUUAUUUAUGGUAUAUAAAAGUGGCAUGAUAUUUAUGCUUGUUGUUUUUUUAGCUCAAAAAACUAUGUGGGAGCGACUAACUGCGCCUGAUGAUGUCUUCACGAAGCUACAGCGGGAUAACUUGUCGAUCUUUGAAAGCUACGGCACCAUGCUAAUGGAGGUUCUUUGCCGAGAUGCUUGCGAUGGACAUGAGAUUGGAAGAGUAUGUUUAUAUAUUUUAGGACAGACUGUAAUAACUGUUCCUCAUGCUAACUGUGGGUCAAGGUUGGUCAAAAGGUGUGUCCCCAGACCUGCAGCUACCAUUAUUCUUUACUCGUUGAAAUACUGAUAAGGAAUCAUGGGUAUUUGGUAUAUUGGAGAUUUAACAAAACUGGUGAUUUUUCAUUGGCUUUCACUGCACUAUUUUAUCAUUUUCUCACACAUAAUAUAUUACUUUUGUAGAUGCUAGCGCUGGCCUUAUUGGACCGGAUCGUCUCCAUUGAUAAGCAGCAACAGUGGUUGCUAUAUCUUUCUAACAGUGGAUACUUGAAGGCCCUCGUUGACAGCUUGGCUCAGGAUGACAUCACUUUGCAGAGCCUGAUUAUGCCACAGGCCCCGCUUCUGAAAGCUCUCUAUAUUUAUGAAUCCAAAAUGGUAAGAAGUUUUAUAUAAAAACACAAUCUUUGUAUUAUUAGAACACAAAUAUUAGCUGUAUUUGCAGCGCUACUAGGUUUUGUUUACAAUAAAAUUAAGGAUUCUACAUGCUGUUGCCUAAAUCUGCUUGUUUUGUUCAUGGUUUUCAUGGUUUUCCUUUUAUUCAUUUCAUUCUGUCUGUUUGGGAGCGCUAUGUGUUUUUAGCAUGUGCUUCAGCUCUUUUCACUUUUUAUUUUUUAUGCUGGUUGCUUCGCUUACAAAGCAAAGGCUUCUUCUCAUUUGGCUGGAAUUGCUGUUGUUUUGAACUGCUAGGCUCAUACACUAUUUUGUUGGACUUACCAGCGGUUACACAUGAGUAUUUUGAACUUAGCCCUCUUAUUUACUUUAUUUUUAUAUAGUAAAAUUCGUAAUGCCAAAAAAAAGAUUCUACUUCUUAAUCAGCAGGCCAUUCUGAGUUUCUAACCAUUUUUUUUUUUUUCCUCUUAGGCAUUUUUGACCCGUGUUGCUAAAAGUCAGCAAGGAGCCCUGGAACUUCUGAGGAGUGGGGUAAUCAUUAGACUAGCACAAUGCCAGGUUUUCGACAUGCGUCCAGAAACUGAUCCCCGCGGGUUAGUACAAAAUCUGUAUAUGACAUCUGUUUUUUAAGUACUCAAUGUAGUAAUUGCUUGUAAAUUAACAAAUAAAAAUCAGAAGUAAAAUGCACACCAUCUCAUAAAAUAGUAUGCAGUAGACAUAUUAUUUUAUACUACAUACUGAAUAAAAAAAAUCCUCUGUGCUACAUUUUACUAUGUGUGAUAUAUAUAUAUAUAUAUAUUGUUUUUGUUUUUAUCUUCAGAGUAUAUGGUAUGAGAGAAACAGCUGGGUUUAUCCCUGCUCCAGUGGAAAGAUACAGGCAAAUUUUACUGCCUGCGCUUCAACUGUGUCAGGUGAUCCUGACUUCAAGUAUGGCACAACAUAUGCAGGCAGCAGGACAGGUAAGAUGAUUAUUUAUUAAGUGUAGUACUCUACAAUAGUUGGACUAACAAACAAGUAGGUCCAAUAAGUACAUUUUAACAUACAGGAAUGGAAGGUGGUAUGAACCCUGUUCAGUGAGCUUAGAUUAUAAGGGGAGUGUGGUCAGAUGACACAAGAGGGUAAGGGGGGGGGGGGGAAUAUUUAGUUUAUGUAUGGAAAAGUAGAGGAUGGUUUGGAAUCUGGUGAAAUGAUUAAUUUUCAUAUGGGAUUCUGGAGAUCAACCUUGGUAGUUAACAGUUAGAUUUUUUUUUUUUUUUUAUAGGAUUGAGUACGUUUAUUUUACGGUGUGUCAUUUUUCUCUCUUGACAAGGUGACAACAACUUACAAGGUUAUUUACUAAAGUGAGAAAUGUUGGGAAUUGAAAAUUAUUUUUUUAUUUAAGCCCAAAAUAGCUCAUUUGGAAAAAAUCUCCAGGUUAACUGUGCUAUUCUAAAAUUUGUAAUUCACUUUGAUGUCCCAACAAUUCUCAGUUAAGUGGAUGUCCUUGAUUGUAUGUAAAUAACAGGAUAUUCUUCUAUACUCAUCAUGAAUAUGUCGACAGAUGUGUCAUUUCAUUGUUAACUUCCCCAAUGCUGCUGACUGGAAUGAGUAAAUUCAUAAUUGUGUAGCCCAAAGCCAAGCAAGAGAAUUAACAUGAUCUCCACUGUGUCUGGCAGGUGUUGCAGUUCCUGAUUGUUCAUUCGGACACCAUACAGGCAAUCCUCAGGAACCAAGAAGGAAGUCUGGGCUCCUUGCAGGAACUUGCUCUGCUGACUGGUGUAAUCAGCAAAGCAGCCCUUCCAGGUGAGAUUUGUUGGACAUCGAAAGAACAACUGAACUUUUUGGAAACUAUUCGCCGAAGUUCAUUUUUUUUUUUAUUGACUCACAAAAUUUAGCUCAUUUUUGUGUAUUCAGAUUUGACUUGGGUAUCUCAACAUGGCUAAAUAUUUACAGAUUUCUAAAACUAGUUUGUUUUGGCUUAAGUGGCGACUUGUCUUUGUACUUGAUUGAGGGAAUGUCAGCACACCAUGCAUCUGUGUUGUACAAAUCUUAAAAGUUAAGUCAAGACAGGUCUCUGUUAGCCACAUCAUAUACUUUCCCUGUACAGUGUAAAUGACACUCCAUGAGUGUCACGGAAAAUUACAUCAUGCAUAAUUUUUUUCUAUAUUACUGUAAUAUUCUUAAUUAAAGCUUCCCUAAUCUAUUGGUUCUACCCCCAACUUUUGAAUCUAGAAGAACAUAUUCCACUGUAGCAUAACUUGUGGUUUUGUAUAUUGAAGGUGUUCUCAGUGAACUGGAUGUCAACGAUGGAUCAAUUGUUGAAUUACAAGGACAUAUUGGUCGUUUCCAGGUAAUGUUUUGUUUAGUAUAAGUCAGUAUUUUUUUCUAAUUCCCAAGCACAGUUCUAGUCUUUGUUCAAUCUCUCAAUGACAUUCAUACUUUUGAUUCUUUUCUUUCUUGCCUUUGGGGCCAUUUUGUUAUUGUUAAGAAAAUAUACUUACCUAACAGAGCUUCACAGCUGCUUUUUCAGUCUCCCUUUUUUUGGUGAAGAUUUUUCAACAAUCAAAAUCCUAAAAAAGAAAACAAGAACUAAAGUGUUAUUUUUCUACCUUUCUGUCAAUUAUAAACAUUAUUCAGUAAUUGAGAAUUUUAUAUAUCUAGAGAGAGAGUGUGUGUGUGUGUGUCUCUCUCGCUUUUUGGGGACUUAUUUAGCAGAUUUUGGCAGUUUUUGUGAAUAAGUGUUUUAGAGUUUUUUUCGCCAUAGAAUUGGUUAUGAUUACUAUUGAAAGGGAUACUCUAUGCACCAUAACCACUACAAUGCAUUGUUGUAGUUAUGGUGUCAUGACUCCCCUGGCUGACCGUAAGCUGUCAUACUAUUUUGGGAGCCACUAAAGCAUGCUAUGGAGUUAUCAGGGUGCAUAAAAUGAACUAGUUUGAAAAAAAAAAAAAAAAGAAGUAAUCAGUGCAUUGGCAAAGAAAAAUAUAUAUUAUUACUUAACAAGUAAUACAAUUAACUGUUUAGUGAGUGUGCCACAAAAAUUAGAACUAUUAAAAUAUAUAUAUUAGUACGAUAUUAGUAAAAUAUAGUACAUUAUUUAUAUGAAAUAAAAAAUAUAUAAAUUAACUAAUACAAUUAUAAAGUUAAAUAAUGACAAAUUACAACUUUUACAUUAAAAAAAAAAAACACAAAAGGCUAUUUACAGUUCUGAAGUCUCCUGCAGUGUCCAGUCUAUCUUUUUUCUCUUUCAUGCCUAUGUGAAAGAUAACCAUAUUUCUCUCCAUGAUGGUUCCAGCAGGGAAAGGGGCUCACACGCAUAGGUUAUUAGAGGUCAAUGUAGGCUUCCUGUAUUGAGCUCAAGGGAACAUGCUGACCGCAGGACACAGGCUGUAAAAAGAGCUGACUUAAAUUUGGCCUCCAACCAGGAAGCUCCAUCUAGUAAUGCUUUUCUGGAGAUAGUAAACAUUCCUGUUUCUAUGAAACGGCAAUCAUUUACACUGCAAGAAUGACAAGGUCACUGCAGAAAGUGGUGCUUAUAGUGUUCCUUUAAGUAACUUAAAAACAAAUUCAUAUUUAAUAUGAAUGUUUUCCCGUCAUAUUUUAUUUAGCAACAGAACAACACUAAAUAUGUUGAGUUUUCAAGGAGCCUCAAUUUCUUGGUUUAGCCAGUUUUUUCACGUUACAGCAAGUAAUUGUAAUACGUUUGCUUUUCUGCAGCGCCAGUGCCUUGGAUUGCUGAAUCGUUUUGGUGGAUCUGAUAAACUACGCCAGCUCAGUUUACAGGAUGAUGCAUCUCAGUCUGACAGAGUGAGCAAGAAAGAUGAUAUGGAACUGGCCAUGCAGCAGGUGACAAUUCAUUUUAACCUUAAGAAAUGGACAAACUAACUUUGUCUUUUGUUUGUGGAAAAACAAAUUUGUAGUAACAUUCUGUGGCUGAUCACUUUUCAAACCAUGACACUGAUAUAUUUCCCUACUUUAUUUCUACAUGCAAAGCUAACAUGCCUGCUGACAUUUUUCACAGAUACCUUUCCCCACUUUACUUCUACAUGCAAAGCUAACAUGCCUGCUGACAUUUUUCACAGAUAUGUUGCAAUGUAAUGGAGUACUGCCAGGCUCUCAUGAUGCAGAGCUCACCUACGUUCCAGCAAACUGUGUGCCUUUUCACACCCAGCCUCACAGAGACAGCAAGCAGGGAUGGGCCAAGACCAGGUAAGACAAAGACAUGUAAUUUGGGGGUGGGGGAGGGCAUUUUUUAGAGUCUAGAAUAGUCAUAUUAAACAUACCUGUUCUACUUCUGGUAUAAACAUCAAAGCAGAUGGUUACAUGAACCAUCUUCCUGCCUUUACACUUUGUGUAGUUUGGCUGUGUUUUACUAAUCAAAUCUGUUUAGAUGGAAUUAUAAAAGACAAGCUGAGGAUGUAUUAAGGACAUACUAUAUUGCUUUUUUUUCACAUUCCACCAUUGGUGACUUUUGCUUAAAGGUGACCACAAAAUCUGAAGGUUGUCUUUCAUAAAAUCAUGUGUUUGAGACAAUUAAAAACUUCUCUAACCUGUGAAUGAGGACAUUUAGAGUUUUUAGACAUUUGUGCUUUUAGUUUUGACCUAUUGGUUUAAAAAGGUCGAAUAUAUUCACCAGACAAUUGCCAACAAUAAGUUUGUUUACUCUAGUGGCAUUGCUUUCCCAGUUCGGUGGAGGCCACUUUGAUACUGGGAAGUAGGGAUCGACCGAUAUUGAUUUAUUUUUCUUUAGAGCUGAUACCGAUAAUCUGUGAACUUUCAGGCCGAUAGCCGAUAACUGUACAUUUACCAUUUUGAAAAAAUAGACUAUUUCUAAAGGUAAAUAUACAAAAUAUACAUGCCACAUGUAGUGGAUGCAGUGUGUUUAGACAGGGAAGCUGUGUCUGUUUGUGUGUGUGUGUGUGUGUGUGUGUGUGUGUGUGUGUGUAAUGAAUGCAGUGUGUAUUUGGUAUUUGUGUAGUGUGUGUGUAUAUAAUGAAUGUAGUGUGUAUAGUGAGUGUUUGUGUAGUGUGUGUAUAUAAUGAAUGUAGUGUGUGUAUAGAGAAUGUAGUGUGUGUACUCUGCAUUCAGUAUAUACACACACACACUACACACACUGCAUACACACACACUCUGCAUUCACAGUGCGUAAAGUGAAUGCAGUGUUUAUAGUGAAUGCAGUGUGUUUAUGUAGUGUGUGUGUGUAUAUACUGAAUGACGUGUGUUUAUGUAGUGUGUGUGUGUGUAUAUACUGAAUGCAGAGUGUGUGUGUUUGUGUAUUGUGUGUAUAAAGAAUGCAUUGUGUGUAUGUAAUGAAUGCAGAGUGUGUGUGUAUGUACAGUGAAUGCAAAGUGUGUGUGUUUGUGUAGUGUGUGUGUGUUUUUGUAGGAAUGUAAUUUGGGGGUGGGGGUGGGCAUUUUUUAUUUUCUAUUUUUGUAAAAAAAAAAAAAAAAUUUAGUCCCCCCUCCCUGCUUCUUAUUUUGGCCAGGGAGGGGGGGAUAUGACAUUCCCUGGUGGUCCUGUGGCAUGGACUGUGCAGUGGGGGCCAGCAGCAAGCUACCUUCCCUUCAGCUCCCCUGUCUAAAUGUCGGGACUCGCGAGAAUUAGACAGGGGAGCUGAAUGGAGCUGCUGGGAAGGUAAGUAAGAGCAUGCUGCGGGCAUGUUACAAAAAUCGCUUUGAUAAUAUGAGGACAGUUAUACAGUUUAAUAUGGAUUUAUUUGUAAACAUUGUGAGUUUGGUACAUAAAACUACUCACAGAUUUAGCUUUGAAUAAAUGAGGUGCAAAAUUAUGGCCAUUGUCAGAAUUUUUAGCUUUACUAGCUCAUCUGUUCUUUACUUGUUAUUGAAAACUGCUUGUUGACAAUAUUGCAUAAGUCACAAUUAUAUGUUGCUCCCAGACACACAAGUUACGAUCCUUCCAUCUUGGAGGCUGCCUAGCUUGGGAAUUGUGCUGUACCUUUUGAAACAGAGUGCCAAUGACUUCUUCACAUACUAUGACAUUCACCGGCAGAGCGUCAGCAAGCUGCAGAAUGUCGAACAGCUGCCACCAGAUGAAAUCAAAGAGGUAUGUGAGUCUGAAUACUGCAAGGAAUACUUUGUGUUCAACAAGGGUCUAUAAUCUGUUACUGUGCAACUGUAUAAAAAGGUGUGGAAGAUAUUAGAUAAUAGGCUAAGUUUAAUUAAAAUCUAAUCAUUCAAACUGUAUAAAAGUGGUGAUUAAGUACCUCUUUCAAAAAGAUUUAAUUUUCAUAUGGGUUAUAUUUUUCACAAGUUAAGAAAAAUGGGGUUGACAUUUCAUUCUGGCACAUAAUUUUGCUUUAAUUUAUCAACCUUUUAUACUGCAUGCCACUGGUAGGAUGAGAUUCUGUAAAUAAUGGACAACAGAAAUUCUCAAGGGAUCUGUGUUAAAGAAACAAUUUUGUAUUGGCCACAGGGGGUUUAGGAUUUCCCUAAUAAGUAUGCAGUAGUACAAAUUUUAGCAUUAUGCUUCUCCUGCAUGAUGAUAGUGGGAUUUAUUUAGAAUUUAAGUUAAUGUGCCCUUAGCUUCCAAAUGUUAAGCCAUUUGAACAAAGGCUGCUACUUAGAACAAAAUGUUUGUCCCUGUUGAACUUGCAUAGCAUAAUAGAUCCCUUUAUCUCAGUAGAGAAUUCCUUUUUCCAAACUGCAACAACUCUGCAAUUCUUUUCCAGCCUGCAAGAUGCUGAGUUACAAGGAUUUCUGCAUUCUUAUAUUUAGGGUCCUCUGGUUAAUUUGACCCCUGCAGAAUUUCGUACAACAUAUUAAAAUAACACUUUAAUGUUUAUCUACUUUAACCGUAGAUUUUUCACAAACAUCACGGCCUGGUGAUAUAUAGAGAGAAAUCUAUAUAUAUCUAUAUCUAUCUCUCUAUAUAUCACCAGGCCGUGAUGUUUGUGAAAAAUCUACGGUCUUAAGGAUGAAGUGCCUGUACUGGUUGUCUGACAGUCACUAUACAGAUGUUUUAGGCAAAGUGUAAACAUUGUCAGUCCAAAUGGACUUCAAGAUUAGUGGUUUUGGGGCUAAGAAUGUCCCUUGCGCACCUUAUCAGUAGUCUUAUUAAGUUUAUAUCUGUUGUUUAAUGCUUAUGGACAACUUGCCUGUCAUUUGACAUAUUAUGGGAACCGUGUUACUAUAUACAAACAGUUGAUUUACCUAUUGUUUUGUGGCCAAUCAAAAAUAAAGUGCUUUCUCUCUGUGGGACAAAUUUUGCCUUGAAUUCUGUACUGUGUGAUGGUGAUAAAAAAAGAUGGUAUGAGGAGGUCCCCAAGAUUUGCCAAUGUCUAUAUGACUUCAAAAGGUGUAUAGUCGUACUUUGUUAUAAUUUUGUACAAAAAUGUUUAUUGGAAGCCUUAUUUAUUUCCUCAAUUUCUUUUUUAUUUCUUUACUGUAGUUGAGUCUGUCUGAGAUGCUCAUCGGGGUAGACAAAAUUUCCACCACCCAGAAGUAUGCCUUGGCGCGGCGGCGACUAGUUAAACUCAUCAACCACAAAGCCAAGUUGCUAUCAGUUUGCUCAUGUAUCCUUUUUAUUUCUUAUUAAUUGAUUAGGGUAGUUUGAGAAUUGUGACUAAGUUAAAAUGAGGGAAGGGUAAAUAAUUCAAAGUGUGACCAUCUUAAUUACCCUUGCAUUUGUUUUUGUUUAUUUUUGUGGGGUUGGGGGGUUCACAUUGACUAUAACACUAGUGAAAAGUCUUGAGUGAUAUCUCUGAAAUCAUAGGAGCAGAUUUACUAAACACUGAAACAAUAACCACAUUGCAAGAAUAGGCUAAAAUAAUUCAACUGAAAAAAAUUGACAUGUCAUACUCUGCAAUGUUAACCUAAAAUUUGCAUUUUGGUUAUCAAUUCAAUUUCUUGAAUAUUUGUUAUUAAGUUUUUGGUGUGGAGACUGAUUAGACAGGGGCGAUUAUAGAACUUAAAAACCGCAGGUUCCUCUACAAACCUAGAUGUACAUGUUACACAUACACAGUCAAGUAACUAGACAACUAAACUUGGCACAGUUUGUUCAUGUAAAAUGGGUGCUAACCAUAUAGAGGCAUUCCUAGCAUGCCACACAAUCCAUUAAAUAUAUGCAAAAGGUGGCAUACCAAAACAUCUCCAAAUAUAAUAAUUAUAUUCAUAAUAUAUUAAUUGAAUAAUGAAUACUAUAAAAAUGAACACAAAAAUAUAAAUACCACAUAAAGUCAAAUUAUGACAGAUGCUAUUAUUAAUAAGCAUUGAUGCUAUUAUUAAGCAAUACAGUAGAAUUACGAUAUAAUACUUACUCUAAGUCUCACAUGUAAACCUCAACGUUCCAGCACCUAAGAAUGUGCCUUUCUCAACACAUACAAAUAUAAACAGAUAUACACACAGACACUAAUUCUUUUAUUCUAAUUAAUUAUUCACUCUUUCCUCCCUAAAUGCUGAUUGCAGAGCCUGUCCAGUGUACACACUACAGACUGAUGGACUUCCUUUUCAUUAUGUGCACUACAGACUGAUUUAACGUCCAGCCCAGUGUAUGCACUAGACUGCUAGGAAGUCCUGCACAAGCUAGGCAGCAUGUACCACUGUUCUGUCUAUUUAUACUUUGUGUAUGCCCUAAAACUAGUUGGUCCUGGUGUAUGCACUUGAGAAUGUUUGGAGGUCCUAUGUGUCUGUUUCUCUCUAUUUUCCUUUACGCUUUACCUACGUAGAUAUUAUAGAAACAUGUUUGUUCAUUCUCUGGCGACAUCUUGAGUAUUAUCUGCUUCACUGUACCCCCAGUGAUACCCAGGAUACACUUUUCUCAGAUACUUCCUUUGGCAACAAACAAUUUCAAGGCAAGUAUUUUUAUGAUAUAAAAAUGUUUAGUAAAAUGUAACAGCUACAUAAAUAAUGGGCAAAUGAAAAUCAGAAAGAUAAUCUAAUUCAAGUAUCAAGCUUUAUUUGCCAAAUCCUUUUUUUUAGUUCAAGAUUGGCUGAUGCUGGUCAGGAGUUUAACGCCCACCAGUCCCUGGCAGACCUCAACAUGUAUGUCCCAUAACAACUGUGAGAUUAAAGGAAUGCUAACCUAAACCCCCCAGAAAGUAAAAAAAAAAAAAAGAUACAUAACAGUGAAGUAUUUAUUAAGGGAACAUAAUUACAUAUCUGUGAUUUUUCUGCAGAGUCUCUUCGUACAUUUCCCAAUGCUGACUUAAGGAACAUAGGACAGAACAAAGUGAGCCAGCAAGACAUUGACUUGGUAAGUGAUUUAAAAACCUUUUUUAGAUUCAACAUGCAUUAUUUAAAGGGUAAUUUACUAAAGUAAAUUUAUAUGUGAACUUCAAAUCCCUAAUUUGUCUUAUGAAAUCUCUUUACUGUGUUAAAAUUUUAGUGAAAAUCCUAGAGUCUUUGUUUAUCUUUGUGAAAAACUUAUUUAUGAGGGGAUGGCAGAGAUGCUUUAACUCAAAAUGGAAAGAGCUCUAGCAUUCUUUAUAUUUUAGACUUCCUUUCCUCAACAUGUAAAUUGUAGAUUUUAUAGAACAUAAAAGAUGUAGAUUGUAGUAUGCUUUCUAGUUAAGAUUUGUUGAAUUCUAACUAUAUUUUCUGAUUUUCAAAGCUCCAGAGGGAAGGAGCAAACAGCUUUGGGGAGUCGCUGCAGAAGAGACUAUUGGAUAUUGAAGGGCUGUACUGUAAAGGAAGAUCUCGUCACAGCUUCAUCCAAGCCCUAGUCAGGAGGAUACGAGGCCUCUUAAGAGUAUCGAGGGGCUAACCCUAUCUGAUAACAGGCCACAUGCGCAAUUAUUCUGUAUCUAAGUUAUGGACAACAGACUUUUUUCACUUUUUGGGAAAAUUCAAAAUGAGCAAAUAUUGUUUGUGACAUUUUUUUUUAUACUGCCACUUACAAACCAAUUAAACAUAUUUACAAUUUUGGACUCUACAGUAAAUUGUCAUUACUGAUCAAGUUCUUGGUACUAUAUAAAGUUUUUAUUUGAAUCUCCACAGGCCUCUGGAAGUUUAUUAGCAGUGCAUUUCCUCCAGUUCAAACUGUUCAGGCUGUUGCUUCUUGAUGUUUGAUCAUGUGCUGAAACUUUUAAUCACUUUUUGGAGUUUAUCCACUAAUCCUUGAGUUGUGGUGAAACAUCAACUAGCUUAUAAAAAUUGAAUUAAAAACAGCGUGAGAAUGUCCAGCGUCAUUUAGGGGAUUUAGAGUCUGUUAGCAUUCAGGAAGUGGCUGUCAGACAGCCGCUAGAGGCAG